AGUCCACAAUCAGCUGCCGUCGAAAUUUCCUAAAAUCAAUCGAACGCGUGCCUGAAAACUCCACUUGGUUAUCGCGAAAAAUUCAAAAGUAAACGUGCUCGCGAGUCGCCAUUGUGAUUUUUUUUUGUAUCGUGGCAGUGUGAGUGAUUUGUGGAUUUACGAACGUCCGUUUAAGCGCGAUGCACAUUUGGGCGUGACACACCGGAUUGAGACGAAUCAAUCCCCGCGAUGUCACAAACGCCCCACGGUCGCGGCCGCGCGCGUCACCCCGGACCUCCCUCUCCCGCUCACUACCGUCCGCCCUCCCCGUGGGCCCCGAGCCCCCCACCAUUGAUAUCUGGACCACGACACUCCACAGCUAUCCUUUCUCCCCCACCAGUUCAACCUACUCCAAAACCCUUCCGUCCACUCCACUCCCCUCAUUUACGACAACAUUCACCUUCUCCUAGCUCUCAUUUUUCCAUCUCUCCAUAUCCGACUUCCCCUUACCCCAUUUCACCAACGUUGGGCCAGAGUCCUGAAUACUAUUAUUCGUCGCCGUAUGAAACACGCGAGUAUGAUUACGCCGGCAUACCGUUGGAGCCUCCUCCGCCACCGAGGCCGAUGAUAUAUGAGGAGGAUGAGGAACGAGGUCCAUCGACAGCUGAGAUCAUAGCAAACCAGUCUCAAGAAGGAUAUGUGGAUGAGAAGCUUGCUGAGUACCAAGCCACGAUUCAGCUUUUGCAAGAUGAACAGGAAAGAGUACAGAAGAAAACGUUUGUUAACUGGAUCAAUUCACACUUAUCGAAGAGAAUACCUCCCUUGCGAAUCGACGACCUUAUCUACGACUUACGAGAUGGAACCAAACUAUUGGCGUUGUUGGAAGUUUUGUCUGGCGAGAAAUUGCCUAUGGAGCGUGGUAGAGUCUUACGUCGUCCCCAUUUCCUCUCAAACGCCAAUACAGCACUCCGCUUCCUAGCGGGAAAACGCAUCAAGCUGGUGAACAUCAACGCAGCCGACCUCGUUGAUGGAAGACCAGCGGUAGUUCUGGGGCUCAUAUGGACUAUCAUAUUGUACUUCCAGAUCGAAGAGAACAGCCGAGCCCUAGAGUACCUCAGUGGAUCGCGUUGUGCGUCUGUCAUGUCGCAGGAGUCCGGAACUGCGACACCGACACACAGAGCGGAAGACCGCUGGAAGCAGGGCGCCAAGAAGACCUUGCUGCAAUGGGUGGCUAAUGCGUUGCCUAAGGACUCAAAUAUCCAAGUAACAGACUUCGGGCCGUCAUGGCGUGAUGGUAUCGCUUUCCUGGCGAUCAUUGAUGCAAUCAAAGCCAACCUUAUAAACCUGGCGGAGAUGAAGAGGAAGACAAACAGACAGAGAUUGGAACACGCGUUCGAUGUCGCUGAAACUCAGCUAGGUAUCGCUAGGUUGCUGGACGCUGAAGAUGUAGAUGUUGAUAAGCCAGAUGAGAGGUCCAUAAUGACAUAUGUUGCCCAGUUCCUACACAAAUAUCCUGAGCCUAAGACGACGGGGCCAGACGCAGUAGCGGCAGUACAAGAAGAGUACGAAAUAUUACGGGCGUGGCUUGCAGAGCGCGUGAGCAUACUUCAAAGACAAUAUGACUCCAGAACUCUCUCCAGAAACUACAAUGAUUAUCUCCUGGCGGAAACCGACCGAUUAGCUCGCGAGCCAUUGUACCACAAGCUGGAGAAGCUUAUGUACACACAGAGCCUAGUAGCCAUCGCCCCCAGCUCCUGGCGAGAACUUGUUGGACUCUGGGUAGAACUAGAACGACUGCACAGGAAAUGGCUCUGGCUUCUAGAUUCAGAUUUACCCGGAGAUUUCCGUGUUGUUGGGGAGUGGCUAGCCCGAGCUGAAUUCUUACUUUACUUCGAUGAAAUACCGACCGCCUUUGAUGAAAAGACAGCGGCGAUCAUCAGUGAAAAACUAGAGGAACACACAAGAUUCUUCGCAGAUUUACCCGCUGUCAUAGAGCGAUUUGAAGCCGCUCUGAGAUCUUCCGACGCAUCCCAAAUCCCCCCCGAAAGACUGCUGAAUAUGCAGCAGCGAUUGCAGACAGUGAGUCGUAACGCUCCCCAAAGAAAAGCGAGAUUGAAAUAUCUCGAACACAAAUGCUGUAUCGUUGCUUUCACCGAAUUAACGAAGGCUAAACUAGCCGCUUGGACCGGUAAAUACGGUCGAAUCGAUCAUGUACGUGCCUUAUUAGAAGAUUACGACAAUUUUGUAAUAAAGAAUAAAAUAUUCCAAGAAUUUGAUAGAGCUUACGUUGAUAUAAAGCAGGUAGCUGAGGAGUAUAAGAGAGUGUGUGAAGUAGAUAGAAGUGAAGCCAGAGAGAUUGAUGUGUUUUUACGAGAUGUGUCUGAAACGUGGAGGAGAGUUGCAUCUGAUGUGAGAUGCGCUAGAAGUGUACUCGAGGAAGUAAUCGCUCACUGGGAAAGGUGGACGAUGCUAUCUGACAAAUUUACAACAUGGCUAGAUAAAGCACAGCAUAUGCUACGAGUCUCAGAGGACGAGAGGCUCGAGUUCUUCCAAGAUUUGACAGUGUGGAAGGAGAAGCAUCAGUUGUUAGGAGACGCUGCAGGCUUCCUGGCAGCAACAUGUACCGAGGAACAUAGCUCAGAGAUUAAAAGAAAGUACGUGGAAAUCACAGAAAGAUGGGAACGAGUCUGGGAAGAAGCAGAAAGAUACGUCAGAGGAGGUGAUGCUCUUCGCCAUAGACGCGAACUCUCGAAUGGGAUUCAGAAUCUGGACUCGUGGCUAACGGGCGCUGAGAAUCUGCUUUCCCGGCACCCACGAGCCAACACAACUGAUAUACAAACAUAUAUUGAUCAACUUUUACAACUUAACUCGGAAAUUGAACAACAUGAAGAACUCUUUAAGUCAAUAAGCAGGACAUUUCAAAACGCAAUCGCUGAGUUACCUCGAGACGAAGUUGAGAAAAACAUGAACAAACUGAAGCAGCAAAAGGAAGCUUUAGUCAAAGUCAGGGCUACUGUCCCUGUAAAGUUGCAUCAAUAUCGGCAGCUAUUGGUCCAGCACGAGUCGUUGGAGACAGGACAAAAAGAAAUUGGACAGUGGCUGGAUAAGGCCGAGAACGCUCUUCGAUCCACUACCGAAACUAGGCGUGAGGUGAUAGAAGAAACUUAUGAAAUACAUCGAACAUUCUUCUCACGGACAACAUACUAUAGAUCAAUGCUGGAAAGUAAAAACAAAGUAUUCCAGAAUAUUGUAAAGGCGGCUGAUAUGGAUAAAAGCGCAGACGUCAGCGAUCAACUUUCUUUAAUGAGGGAUCUCAAUGAGAGAUUUGCACAUGUAUCAUCUGAGGCAACUCGCCGUGAAGCAGAUUUGCAACGUUUGGUUCGCGCCUGGGAAGAUUUCGAAAGCAAAAAACGUGUCGUUGAAGACUGGGCGUCUAGAGCUGAAGCGUUGCUAGGUGAUAACAGAGUGGAUAAUAAGCAAGCGCUUCAUUUACAUGAACAGUUCUUUCAUGGAGCUGACGAAAGAGCGGUGUCAGAACUUGUCCGAUCAGGACGAGAGCUAGUUGAGUUAGUGAAGGAAGAAGAUAGAGCCGGUGUGGUUCGAACAGUAGAAGAGUUGCAAAGAAGAUGGAAGGAAUUACUUGAGCGCGCGCCGCCACAUCUCAUGCGACUAGAAUUCAAAUUGGAUGAGACCGUCUUUCAUCAUUGUAUCAAAGAUAUCGAAAAGGAAAUCGCUUAUGAGGAGCAGGCUUUCAACCAAAGUGAUGAUGCAGAUGGCAUUCUUAUCAGAAAUGAGGAGUACUUCCGUAAUCAGGGCAAGGUGAUGCAGGUUGAACAAUGUCUUCAGAAUCUCAAUAAAAUUUCCAGUAGUUAUACACAUCAAACGGGAGACACAAGCCUUGAGGAAGAGCUGCGAAGAUGUGAAGGACAAUGGGAAUCUACAGUACAUCGAGUAGAAAACUUCAGACAACAACUUCAACAGAUUCCAGCUAAGUGGGAUGCUUAUAGAGAGAGAUUCGGGGAAAUGGAAAGGUGGAUGGACCAUGUUGAUAGGACUAUGGACAGCAUUGUUCGAGAAGUUGACUCAGCUGAAGCAUUUGAAAGAGAAAAAACAAUCUUUCAGAACAUUUGUCGUGAAGCCGACCGAAAACGCGAAGAUAUGAAAUGGCUUGUACAAACAUUGGAUAUGCUUUCAAAUCACUGUUCUGAUAAUGAAGCUCAAGAAGAACAGGUUAAAUUAGAAAAUCUGAUUUCAAGAUAUAAAAAUCUCAUACCCACUAUUGAAAUUACUAUGAUUAAGACUGAGACCUACACUAGAUGUUACACAUAUAGACGAGAAGUACAUGAAGUUAUUUGUAUAUUAGAAAAUGCUCAGAAACAUGCAAUGGUUGAACCUGAACCUCAAUCUCUACAGCAAGUUGAACAAUUAGUACUUGAGCAGCAAGCAACUGUCCAGAAACUAGAUAGGCAGAGGCCUUCAGUUAUGUCCAUGUUGCAACGAGGAAAGGAACUAAUUAAAGAUGCAAAUGCUCCAGCAUUUGUCAGAGAAGAUGUCAGGAAUCUUGAAUCUGGAUGGAAUGUUGCUUAUGAAUCCAAUACUGACCGCCUACAUAAGUUAUGUGAUACCCAAAAAGUUUGGUCUAAUUACGAAUAUCAGAAAGAAGAAUUGCUCUCUGAUAUAGAUAAAAUUGAAAAUUUUGUUGCGCAUCCUGGUUUAGAGCUCGGUGUCUCUAGCAUAAGUCGUGAAUUGCAGGAAACGCAUGCUGUUAACGCUGAUAUAGAAAAAGCAAAAUCAGAAAGAUUACCGCAAUUGCAACAAGCCUAUGUAGAAUUGCAAUCUCUUACAGCUAAUAAGCCAAAACCAGUCAUAGAAAAAGAUUUAGAAACUAUUGAACAUAAGCUAGAUAGAGUACAAGAUGAAGUGCAGACAAAGGUUAUACACCUUGAAAAGUUUAACGUAGAGUGGACUAAAAUUGAGCGUAAACUCGACGAUGUCCGUGAUUGGAUUAAGAAAGAGAGUCCGGCUUUAAUAUCACAAAUUCAAUCUGAAACCAUAACGCCCGAAGAAAGAGUAGAAAAAUCUCAAGUGCUACAAAAAGUUAUCACUGAGAAAAUGGAUAUCAUCAAAAAUGUAGCCGAACAAGGAUCUAAAUUGGCGGUUGAACAUCGAGUUCAAGAUUCAAACAGACUUAAAGGUGACGUUGCUUUACUCGAAAAAAUGAUGGUUGAUCUACAAAGAUGCACUGAGCAACAAACGAAAGUGGUAGAGCAUGAUCUUGCUAGCUGGCAGAAAUAUCAAAAAGGAGUUGCAGAAAUUAAACCAUGGAUUGAAGAAGCCGAACUAAAGUUAGGGAGCCUUCCCAAAGCAACAACAUUGCCAGAAGCACAACAAUUGCAGCAGCAGUCUAGAGCAUUGGUGACCGACUGUGACAAACAAUUGAUGAACCUACAGAUAUUGUCUAGUGUAAGCCAUCAACUCUCAGGCAAAACGAGUGCUCCUGAUGAAGUGGAUGCAAUACAUUCUAGGUGGGCAGUUGUCCAUGACCUAGCAGACCAAUGGAAUAGUAAAUUAGAAAAGCUAACAGCCCAAUGGGAAAUAUUUGAAAAGGAAGCAGAAAAAAUUGAAGUUUGGAUAGAUAAUGGGGAAAAGCUGAUAAAUAGUCGAAAUGUUAAUGUUGAAACACCGCAAGUAGAAAAACUUGAUCGAGAAUUAAACAAAUUGAAGUCUUUUGGAAAUGAAAUUUCACAACAACAAGCUAAAAUAAUAACGUUAUCUCAAACAUGCGAUAAUAUUUGUCAUAGUGUGCAACCAGAAGGUGCUAAUUUAUUGAAAAAUAAGGUAAAUGACAUUAAACAGCGAACAAACAACCUAGCGGAAACUGUAAGAUCAAGAAUAAACGAGUUGUCUGAUAAAAUAAUUGUAAAACAAGAGUUCCUUACAAAAUUGCAUAACUUUGACAACUGGAUAACUGAUUUCAGAAGAAAAACCGAAAGCUAUGAUCAAAUAAGUUCGGACAGAGUUGAGCCAACUCUUCAGUCAAUGCAUGUUUUACUUCAAGAACACGCAGCGAAGGCACCGGAAUUUACUGAUAUUUAUAAUGAAGUUAAGAAUAUGACACUCGCAUCUCAUCCAGAAGAAAUGCGUUCCUUAAAUGACACCUAUUCGAACAUUGCAGAUAACUAUCAAUUGAUUGAAAGUACUAUUCAACAAAACAAAACCAUUCUUCAAAAAUGGUCAGAUUUAUUGAACUGGUAUGAAGACAAUAAGCAACAAUUGAACCACAUACAGUAUCAAAUUGAUGGACCAAAAUUAACACCGGAAAGCUACGAAGUUCUUCGCCAAGAACUUGUUAAUAUACUAACCAAAGUACCCGAGAGAAAGACCAACGUAGCGUUGUUGGAUGGUCCUUCAAAGAUAAAAGUUACUGAUCAAAACACUGGAAGACUUAUUUCACCGUCUAGCUUGGUGAAAGAAAUAGAAACAAAGACUGAAACUUUGCUAAAUCAGACUAUUUCAAAAAGAGACCUAGUUCAAAAAGUUGGUGCUCGUUGGGACAAGUUUAAUGUACAGCAUAAAGCUUUGUCGGAUAUUCUCCAAAAUAUUCAAACUUCCCUUAAUGACAUGUCUCAGAAACCUGCUCCUUUAACAGAUGCAACAAUACAGGAGAUGACUGAACAAUUGGAUCGUUUAGAUGCAGAAUUAAAAGAAAAACAAUCUGUAAGAAAGGAACUGAGAGAAGAAGGACUGCAUUUAAUGCGUGAAGAUCAACAAAAUAUGGGUACCAUUCAAAACGCUCUCUCUGCAGCGGACAAUAGCUGGGACCAAGUGGUCAACGCCGUUCGUGAUACUAAAAAUAAGUGCAUAUUACUUUCAUCAACUCUACAAGAAUUAAAGAACUUUAAUGUAGCUUUUGAUAGAGAAAUGUCUAGAGCAGAACAACUAUACAAUGAAUGUAAAAGUGCACCAAAUGAUUACAUUCAGACGGCACAGGCAUUAGAGAAAGCGAAAAAGUCGUAUGAAGUGCUAAAACGUUCUAAAGGCUUGUUAGACCAGAUGGAUGUAAUAAAACAAUCUGUACUAAAACAGGCUUCUACCCUAGGUGGUUUUGAUACUUCUCCUUUAGAGGACGCUUUCCUAAAUACUCAAACACACUGGGAAAAAGUAAAUGAUUCAAUUAUUAAAAGAAUCCAAGAUUUGGAUUCUCAGCUUUUAGUCUGGCGACAAAUUGAUGACGUCAAAAAUCAAGUAGUACAAUGGCUUAGUGAAACCGGGCAAAAUCUCGGUAACGCUUGUGAUAACCUAGAAAUUAGGUUUGGGCAAAAUCACCUUAUGAAAUACAAAGAAGAACUCCCAAUAUAUUUAGGGUUAAAAGGCAGUAUAAUUACUAAAUGUGAACAGAUUACAAAUCUAAAUAAGAGUAUACCUGCAGCACAAGUAUCGUCAAUUGUUGAAUAUUUAGAUAAUGAAUUUGAUGCUCUAAAAUCUUUGGCUGACAAUUUAGAAAGUGCUGUAUCAUCCCUCGAAUCAAAAGAAAAUAAAUUUAAAGAUACUAUUAAACGUCUUUCAGAUAAGGUAAGCAAAGUACGUGAUGAUAUUAUAAAAUGUGAUGACAUGUCCGGUGAUAAUAGUAAAAUAUUGGAUCGUUUGAAAAAAUGCCAGUUAUGUAAAGCUGAGCUUCAAAACUUUAAUGACGAGAUCGAUAACUUAUCACAAAACGUAUCUGAAAUGAAUGCUAAUUAUCCUGGUUUCUACGAGUCAUUGGUACCAAAAGAACUUAGUAAUCUUCAGAAAAGGUUUGAAAGCGUCUUGACACACGCAAAUAAAACUGAAACUACGCUUCUUACUUUCUUACAAAAAUCAUUCACGGAUAAACUUAGCAUGUUUAACAGAAAUUUAAAGAUAUUGGAUGAUAAAACAAGAUGGUGCAUGCCGGAUGUUAAUAAUGAUAAGUACAACCUCGAGGUAAAAAGCGCCGCACUACUCGAAGUCGGGACGGGUAUUGAAGAAUGCCACAAAAAAAUUAAGGAAUUAAAAGAAGCUUGUGAAACUUUACGAAUUGUAGCUGAACCAGUUAGUGCCCAAGAAGCUGCCGUGCAAACAGAAAAAGCGCAGAAAAACUUGGAUGUAUUGUCGUCAAAUUAUGAUGAAAUCAAAAAUAGAUUGCAAGAAAAUAUUGAUGCGUGGCAAGAUUAUGAGACAUUAUUAGAACGGGUUUCAGAAUGGCUACGAGAAAAAGAAAACCAAGUUCGUUUAGAAGCAGCUAAUCUCAGCGACUUAAAUGAUAUUGACAAUAAAAUUAUUCUACUUGAAGGUUUGCGCAACGAGAUUAAAAACUAUAGUGGUGAAAUAAACAGGCUCACAGAAAUUGGAGAAAGUGUGCUUUCAAAAAAUCCUGAUUCUAGAGUUACACAAUAUAUCAAUCAUUUAGUGAAUAGAUAUCAAACUGUAGACAGGUUCAUAGAUAACCACAUUAACCGUUUACGUGACUUAAAGAAAAAUAAAGAGAAGUACGAGAAAACAACAAGCGAUUUCAAAAAUUGGUUACAAGAAGCUAAUGCUAAAAUAGUCGAUUUAGCUGCUAUGAGCAAACAUUCUAAGCCUUCAGUGGCUGACUUAGAACAGGUUAAAAAACUAAAUGAAAACAAAGAAUUAGGCCAACGAUUACUCAAUAGUGCUAUUGAAACUGGUGAAUCGUUAUUUAGUGGCAUAACACCAGAAGGGCGUGAAAAAGUCAGAAAUGAGUUACGAACAUUGCGCGAUUUGUUUGAAGAUUCUGUAGAUUCCCUAAAUAACGUAAUUAAGGACAUUGAAACUACUCAUAACAAGAGAUCAUCCUUUGAUGAUACCUUUAACCAGGUUCAAAAGUGGAUAAGUGACAAAGAAAACGAAUUGGGAGAAUUUAAGUUGUGUCCUACUUUACCAGACAAAAAAGCUCAAUUACAUGCAAAUAAAAUACUGCAUCAAGAAGUAGAAUUGCACCAAUCUAUGCUUUCACAACUUACAGAAAAGAUUAAAUUAAUGCCCGAUGACGAAGCUGAAAAAAGUCUUAGUAACGUUAUAGAUAAAUAUUCAAAUAUGUCAACGGCAAUACAAAAUAGAAUAAAAUCAUAUGAAAGUCACGUCUCUGAUCAUGAAAAAUAUGUUCAAAUGUUUGAAGAAACGCGCGAUACCAUUAACCAUAAUGUAGCUGAAAAUAGUAUGUUGCACUAUGGCGUUGUCACACAAAAAGAUGAUAUUGACAAUAAGCUAGCUGUAAUUGAAAAGGUUUCGGCUAAAUCACCAGGAUUAAAACAGGCUUUAGACAAUCUUAAACAUCAAUUGCAUAAAGUUUUGGAAUCUACCAGUCCUAAUGGUCACCCUGUAUUAAUAAGUGAAUAUGAACAAUUAAAAGCAACUUGGGAUCAAUUUGAAAAUCAAUGUCAAGACCAAGAUAAGAGACUUAAAGAGACUUUGCAGCAGUGGAAUAAUAGUCAGAGAACGCUGGAUGAAUUAGAAGAAUGGCUUAAGAUUAAAGAAAGUCUAGUUAGAGAUCAAAGCUUAAAAAGUACCCUGGAAGCAAAAGUAGCACAUUUGCAACGAUUGAAAGAAAUACAAAAUGAAUUGACUGCCAAAACGACGAGUUUCAAUGCUUUAUCUGAUACUCAAAAUAUAACAAAUGAGACAGAAAUAACAAACAAAACUUCAAAAUUGGCUACUAGAUUCCAUACGUUGAACAACUUAGCAAACGAGCUCAUAUCCAAGUAUGAAGUAUUCGUUUCCGAACAUAGAACGUUUGAUAAUGAAUAUAACGACAUGGAAAAUUGGCUUGGUGGGAUGCUUGGUGAAUUACAAGAUUUAAAUGAAAUUGUCGGAGAUUAUGCUGUUCUGCAAGAGAAGCAAAAUAAAGCUAAAGAACUGUAUGAAACCAGAAACAAGAAAACGCCUAUAUUUGAAGAUUUUCUUAGUCUUGGAGAAAAACUUUAUGCACACACAAGUCCCGAUGGCAGAGAGGUCAUUCGUCAGAAAAUACGUAAAGUAAGAUCAUUGUGGGAUAGUUUCGGUGAUAGUUUUCAGGAAACAGUUAAUAAGUUGGAUCAAUGCUUACUUCAAUUUUCCGAUUUUUCUUUGGCUCAGGAACAGCUAACAAAAUGGUUAAAGGACGUAGAACGUGCUAUGCAAAAACACACUGAACUUAAGGCCUCCCUAGAAGAAAAAAAGGCUCAAUUACAAAAUCAUAAAAUUAUGCACCAAGAAAUUAUGACUCACCAACAGCUUGUAGAAUCUGUUUGUGACAAAGCACAGCAAUUAGUUGAUCAAACUCAUGAUGCAUCUUUGAAUGUGUAUUUACAGUCUAUAAAGCAGUUAUUCCAAAAUAUAGUUACUAAAUCUCAAAAUCUUCAAGAGAAUUUAGAAGAAUGUGUCAAGAAACACGAAGAUCUAAGUCGAUUGAUCCAACAAUAUAAGGAAUGGAUAAGCGGUCAAUCAGAAAAGUUAUUGGAUAUUGAAAAUGCUACUGGUGAAAAGCCUGAAAUUAUACGAAAAUUACAGUCUGCUUUAGCAUUAAAAGAUAUUGAAAAAGUUGGUUCCAAUAAAUUAGAUGAAAUUAGAGCUGUUUUUACUAUUGUAAGUAAAAGUACAUCUGAGGCUGGAAAUGUUUUGAUAAAGACAGAAAUUCAUAAUUUACAACAACAAUUACGUAAUGCUGUUCAGAGCAUUGACAUGUCAGAACAAAGAUUAAAGCAGACGUUAAUUGUUUGGAACACCUUUGAAACAUCGAUUGAAAAUUUGACUGAGUGGCUAAAAGAAAUGGAAUCCAAAUGUCGUGAUCAGACUCUUUGUUCUACUUUACAAGAAAAAGAAGACCAGCUUCAACGAUAUGUCGACCUUCGUAACGCUAUUCACACGAAAGAAAAGGAAAUUGACAGCUUUGUUGAUGAAUCUCACAGCCUUAUACAAUUAAGUGGAGUUGAAAGACUUAAGCCACUUGUAACACAAGUCAAUAGUCGCUAUCAACAAUUGCAUCUAAUAUCAAAAGAAAUUGUAACACAUUGGUCGGAACUUGUUGGUGAUCAUAAGAAAUUUAACCAAUUGCAAAGUGAGUUUGAUUUAUGGCUGAGACCACUAGAAGAACAGCUAUCGAAAAUGAUCGAAGACAAACUAAGUAUUGAAAAUAAAGGAAAUAAGCUGCAAGUUUUCUUACUAGAAAAAGACAACGGUGAACAUAAAAUGAGCAUAUUGGCUACUGCUGGUGAUAAAGUACUGCCAGAAACAGCAGCUUCGGGCCGAGAAAAUAUACGCGCUGAUAUAAGAUCACUCAGGGAAAGGUGGGAUAAAUUUAAUGAUAGUAUCGCACAACAGCAAAAAGAAUAUGAAUCACAGACAUUGCAGUGGUCUAGUUAUCAGGAUGUUUUACAACAAACUUUGUCUUGGUUAGAUGAAAAAGAAAAAGUAAUAGAGAAUGAAGAAAAUGCCAAACUUAAUUCUGCUCAAGAAAUUAAAAGUAAAAUAUUAAAAAACAAAACAUUAUUGCAAGAGAUAUCUUCCCAUAAAAGAGUUAUAGAAACAGUUACCGAUAAAGCAAAAACUGUAGCAGCCAGUAUUCAAUCAAGUAAAAAAGAGACUGAAGAAACAACAUCUAUUAUUAAGUCUAUUUGGGAUAGGUAUAAUGCACUCACUAGUAGACUGACUGCCGUCAUCGACAAUCAUGAAAGUACUUAUGAAAUAUAUCAACAAUUUACUGAUCAACAGAAGUCUUUACAAGAUUAUCAAAAGAAUUUGUGGAACAGGCUACAUCUCUUAUCAGAUUUUACCGGUAAUAAAGCCGCAUUACAAAAUAAACUAACGAAAAUUCAAGAACUUUUGGAUGCCAUUCCAGCUGGUAAUAACAAACUUAAAAUACUAUUGGAUUUGAUCGAAAACCAUUCAGAUAAAUUAUCUCCACGUGGUAAAGAAGCCAUGUUCCGAGAACUUGGCUUACUUAAAGCUGAUUUAGAGAAGUUUACGACCACUGUCCAUGAUGUAAAACGUGGUAUAGAAGCUAAGAUACAGCAAUGGAUAGAGUUUGACAAUGCCAAUGAUCGUCUUCAGCACUGGCUCAGUGAUACCGAAAUGAGCCUUAAAACUUAUACACCUAAAGCUACAUUGGAAGAGAAAAUAGAUCAACUCAAUAAAUAUCAGGCUAUUUCAGCUAACUUGAAAAAGGCAGAAAAUGAUGUUGACAAAGUAACAGACGAAUUUAGUGACCUUAUAGAAAAUUGUCACGAUACUAGGAUCACUAUGAAUUUACAGCAAAUGACAUCUAGAUUCCAAUCUGUGCAUUCCACGGCCAAAGAGUUAGUAAAAAAAUGUCAACAAGCAGUGAAUGACCACAAUGCGUAUCAAGAUAAAAAUAGACAAUGUAUUGAUUGGAUUACAACAGCUCAACAUAAGUUUGAUGAAUGCCAGAAGAAUUUGUCCAAUACUCCUGAGGGAAUAGCCGCUAAGCGAGAAAGCCUUAACGAUCUAUUAAGUCAACGACGAAACGCUACACUUCUUGUUAACAAUACUUUUGAACUGGGAGAGAAGUUAUAUCCUUCUACUUCACCUGAUGGAAAAGAGAUAAUUGAACAACAACUUCAAGAUGUACAACAUGCUGUUGAUAAUCUGUAUGAGAAUAUUACAAAGGCUGAACGUACUCUGGAUUCUGAGCUAAAUAAAUGGUCUUCGUUCGAAGAUAAUCUUAAGACAGUACAAGACUGGCUAGUUCUUGCCGAGAAAAAUUUACCUAAAGAACUAGAACUUAAGGCAACCUUAGAUGAAAAAAGAAGCCAAUUAAAUGUCUACAGAGAAUAUUUACAAGAUGCUCUGUCUCAUCAACAAGAUAUUGCCGAACUCGAAAUGCGUGCUCAAAGUCUACCUGACGUGACUGAAGACAUCAAGAAAAACAUAAAUCAGUUGAAGUAUAGACAAGAAACUAUACUUAAAAGAGCAAAAUCAUUUGUAGAACAGUAUGAAGCUAUUGUUAAUAAUCACCAACAAUACUCUAAAGCAGUUAUGGAUUUGCAGGAAUGGGUUGAGGCUACCCAUAAUACUGCUCAGCUGUGGGGAGACGUAAACUUAGAAAGAGUGGCUUUGAGUAGUAAUUGCGAGAAGCUAAAGUCGUUGCAAUUGAGUUUACCGGAAGAGAAAAAUCGCAUCGAUAAAAUACGAAGUAUUGGCGAAAAAGUAUUACCAGGAACAAUGAGCGGUGGCCAAACCAACAUUAGAAAUCAAAUUGAUGCAUCUCACCAAGAAUGGGAAGGAUUGGUGUCCUUCAUUAAUAAAACAAUAGAAUCAAUAGAAAAUAAGAUUCAACAAUGGAAUGAAUAUGAGAAUAUGAAAGACCAAUGUUUAGCUUGGAUAAGAAACACAGACAAUCAAAUUCAUGGUGUCGACUUAAAGGCAACUUUACCAGAAAAACAAGAGCAAUACAAUAAGUUCCAAGAGUUGCAAGGCGAAGUUCGCGCUAAAGAAUUAGAAAUUGACAAUAUUACAGAAAGAGCACAACAUUUGUAUACCGGAAUGUUAGGACCUCGAGGUUCUCAAAUAUCUGACUUAACUGUUAAAUACCAAAUGUUAUGCCAAAAAGUAAAAGAUUUAACCAACAGAUGGCAACAAUAUGUAAAAACACACCAAGAAUUUGCAAGCAAUGUGACUGAGUGUUCACAAUGGAUUGAAGAACUUAGAGAUAAGCUAGAUUUUUGUUCCGAUCUAAGUUCAUGUUCCCAAGACGAUCUUGAAACAAAGUUGGUACUUAUUCAAAACUUACUACUGACAAAAGACGAGGGUUUUACAAAAGUUCAAUCUUUAGUAGAAUUAGCUCAAAAUGUUUUGGCUAAUACUGCACCAACCGGUCACGAUUCUAUCAAUAAUGCAUUAGUAGCUUUACAGGAACAAUGGUCGGCUCUUUUGUCACGCAUGAUUGACACCAAAAAUAUGUUAGAUGACUCCGUUACAAAAUGGGCUGGAUUCCUCGAACAAAUACAGCUUCUAGAAAAAAGUAACACUUGGUUAGAAAAUAGCCUUUCAGAAUUAACGCCGUUUGCAGGUUCCAUGACAGAUAAAAGGGCACAGCUCGAAAAACUAAAAGAAGUUGAAGAAAAAGCUCGUUGUGACCGCUUAGAGGUAGAUAGCCUCAAGGCCAAAGCAUCCGAAAUGUUAGCUAGUGGUCAGCAAAAUCACGCUGCCUCUAAAGCUCAAGAAACCUUAAAUAAGUUUGAUUCCCUUUAUGAUAAAGUGAAAAAAUUACUUGCCGAUAGAGAGGAACAGUACAAAGAUCACAGGUUGUAUAAAGAAGCCCACGAUGAACUUAUUCAGUGGCUCGGAAGGGCGAGAGAAAAAGUUCCAUCAUUAAAAUCCAAACCACUUAGUGAUAAAUUAGCCAUCGAGAAUUCUGUAGCGCCUCUUGAUGCCCUCAUUAAUAAGCAAGCUCAGGGGGAGCUUCUUUUAGAACAUUUGCAACACACUGGGGAAGUUCUUCUUGCAAGUACAUCUCCAGAGGGCCAGGUGGUUAUUAAAAACGAAAUGAAAGCUUUAAAAGAAAGCUUUGAUCAGCUCUUUAAUGAAAUUAAGCAACAAAAGAAUCAGCUUGAGGAUAUUGUGAAUCAAUGGAGAGAUUACAAAGAUGAGUAUGAAAGGUUAUCUGAUUGGUUACAGCAAAAAGAAAUUCUUAUUAAAAACCAUAAAGUGGCGCUGCUAGGAACCGCCAAAGAAAAAGGUGGUCAAGUUAACGAAGUGAAAGAGAUUGUUGAUCAGCUAAGCAAAGGAAAAGUAGACUUUGACAACUUCAAUGAUUCUUCUGCUGGAUUGCUUUCAUCUCAUUUAGACACUUAUGUCAAUAAUCAACUUAGACAUUUAAACUCCAGAUACCAAGUAUUGCUUAACAUGGGUAAUGAUGUCCUUAAGAAAGUUGAAAACAAUUAUGAACAACAUCAAGCUUACGAUGAUAAUUAUGCUAAGACUAAAAAGUGGAUCGAUGAUGCCUGGGAAGUCACCCGCAUUGGAAGUGAGGCAGGUAGCAACAGUAGUAAGGAAGCCUUACAAAAACGUUUAGAACAAAUCGAAGACUUGCUCAAACGUCGCGAAGAAGGUCAAAACUUGGUCCACGCGACCAUAAACAGCGGAGAAAAAGUAUUGAGAAAUACUAGGUCAGACGGAAAAGAUAAAAUUAACACAGAAAUCAAAGAAUUGCAAAAUGAAUGGGACCGUCUUGUUAAGAAAAUGACUACAGCCAAAGUUCAUCUCGAAACCGCACUUUUGCAGUGGGCUGAUUACAGCUCAAGCUAUUCACAGCUACAACAAUGGAUAUCCGAUAGAGAGGCAAAACUGCAAGAGGUUUGCGAACUGAAAGUAGCUAAAUCUAAAAAGGGACAAGAUCGCCUUGCCGGUCUCACGACAGGCCUGAGCUUAGGCGAAAGAAAAGCUACCCUUCGUCAAACAAACAAUAUCGUUCAAGACAUCGUUUCAUUUGAGCCCAUGAUUCAGUCUGUUACAUCUAAGGCAUCAGAAUUGAUGCAACAAGCUCCUGCAUCUGAAAUUACCAGCAAAUACGAGACAUUAUCGAAACAGGCGAAGGAUUUGUAUGAAAAGCAAAAAGAAACUGUAGAGCAACACCAAGCGUUUAUUGAUUCCGGCACAGAUUUUGUCCAGUGGAUAAGAGCUGCAAAAGAGAGAUUAGGGAAGUGCUCCGAUGCGACGGGAGAUAAAGAGUCUCUGAGCAGCAAGAUUUCGCAACUGAAGGUAUUGGAAAGUGAAUUACCCGAAGGGCAAGCAAAACUGCAAAUAGCCUUAGAGCAAGGGGAGAUAUCCUGUGGACUCGCUGAUGAAGAAGACAGAGAAGACAUUGAAGAAGAAGUGGCUUUAUUGCAAGAAGAGUUCGAUACAUAUGUCGAGCAGCUAAACAGCACCAAGGCCCUGAUUGAAGGUGGUAUAGUUAAGUGGACGGAGUAUGAAGAGCAUUAUAAGGAAGCCCUGGAGUGGUUAUCGAAGACUGAAAAAUUAGUUCAAUCAUUUAAUAAACUUCAAAAUAAUCUCGAGCAAAAGAAAAUCGUUCUAGAGGAGUUCCAAGGUCAUUUACAAACUUUAUUCGACUGGCAAGCCGAGUUGGAUAAGCUUAACAUGCGAGCGCAGACCUUGUUGGAAACCUGCGCAGAUACGAGAAUAUCAAAUGGCAUCACUCAGCUAACUACGAAGUAUAACGCGAUACUAUCUUUAGCCAAAGAAGUCAUGAAGCGAUUGGAACUUCACUACCAGGAACACCAACAACACAACGCUCUCUACGGAGAAUGCCAAGACUGGCUCGACAGAACUCGAGAAAAACUAAACCAAUGCGCCGAAAUUCCCAACACCCUUCAAGAAGUUAACCACAAACUUAACACCGUAAAACUAUUACGCCAAUCCCUAGAACAAGGACAAAAUAAACUAAGAUAUUUACUAGAACUUAAGGAAAAAGUAAUAAUGAACACCGAACAAACGGGCGCAGCUAAAAUACAAGAAGAUACAGACAAUUUGAAACAGGAGUUUGAUAAACUAAUUGCGGACUUGCAAGAUGUUCGUAAUAAGCUAACAAACAGAGCUUCUCAAUUCGAUGAUAUUACCAAGGUACACAAAGUUCUAGUUGAAUGGUUGGAUGAUAUUGAUCAGAAAAUCCAAUCAGAUGAUUCUCUACUUAACGAUCUCUCCGAGAAAAAAGCUAAACUAGAGAAAUUCAAGACAUUUAGCAGGGACAUUUAUUCUCACAAAGAUCUGGUCAAUAAAUUGAACGAAAAAUUACAAGAAGAUGCCUCGUUAAAGACAAAAGAUUUUGAGGACACUCUUCAAAGAUAUGACGAUAUAAAGAAAACUGUUGACGACAUGAUUGCUAAACUUGAAGACUACGUCAAUUCACACAUUCAAUAUAAAGAAUCUUAUGAUAACUUCUAUGACUGGAUUCGAAACUGCAAAAUCGAGAUCCAACAGUCUGCCGAUUCUCACGGUGAAAAAGCAGAAGUACAGAAAAAACAGAAGAACGUGAAUAAAAUAAUUGGUUCUUUGCCUAAGGGCAAAGCCUUACUGGACAAAGCGGUGACUCUGAGCGAAGCUGUUCUUGAAACUACUGGAAAUGAAGGCAAAGAUAACAUUAACCAAGAUAUUAAGCAACUAAAAAUUGAAUGGGAAAACUUACAACAAAUUUGUAGAGAUACAAAGAAACUUCUAGAAAAAUGCCUGUCUACGUGGUCCGACUUCAUGGAAACAUCUGAGAAGAUGACGAAGUGGGUCAAAGAGUUUGAUUCAAAAUUAAAUGCUGUACAAAAAGUUGACAAAAUCACUCCAGAGUAUCUGGAAAAAUGUCGCGAUUUGUUAGCUCAAGCAUUAGCAAACAAACAUGUGUUAGAAGAACUUAAUGAUAGAUGUGAAAAUCUGAUGGAACUUAGUGCAUGCGCGUGGGUACGUGAUAAAACGGUUAAUUUACAAACUGAAUACACCUCUCUCUUAACGAAAAUACAAAGCUUAGUUUCCAAUGGAGAAAAAAAUCUGUCAGACCACACAGAGUUUAUCAAGGCUAAAGAAGAUUUGCAACAAUGGUUGGAGACAGCCCACGGCACUGUGCACGAUUCAAUCGGAGUAGGAGAUAUUGACACUACUAAAGACAAACUGGAGACUAUAAAACUUGUCAGCAAUAGAAUGACCGAGGGGCAUCACUUAUUAGUUGUUUUACAGGAAGCCUUUAAGAAAGCACUAAAUAACACUCCACCCGAAGAACAGGACGCACUCAGAAAUGACGUCAAAGUUCUACAAGAAAGCUGGGAUCAACUUAAGAUAGAUUUGAAUUCUAUAACAGCCCAACUUAAAGCAGCCAUUGGCAAAUGGGAGGAGUUUGAAGAAUCGAAAAAAAAAAUAAACCAAUGGAUUAAGGAUACAGAACAGAACUUAGACAAAGUUCCCCCGACAGGUGGAGAAUUGGGUGAAAUGAAGACACUUCUCGAGAAAUACAAACAUAUUGAAGAUGAAAUUGACAACAAAACGCCUGAAUUGCAACGUAUUAAAUGUGAGGCUAAUGAAUUGAGCAGUUGGGCCAGAAAGCCGGCUGUGAAAGAGGCGUUGGUGGAAAUAGAAAAGAAAUGCGCUGCUCUAAGAGAGAAAUGCGCUGCAAAGAAAACGGAACUAGAAUCUGAAAUCAAAGACUACAACCAUUAUCACCAAUCCUUACAAGACACAGAAAAGUGGUUACUGCAAAUAUCUUUCCAAUUGAUGGCACACAAUUCUCUUUACAUAUCGAACAGGGAACAGACUGAAGAACAAUUAGCUCAACAUGCGGUGCUGCUUGACGACAUCCAGAAGUAUCAAUCCACUUUGGAUGAUUUGGAAGCUCUGGGUCGUGAUCAAAUUGAGAGAUAUGAAGCGACAGCACCAUCCAUCAGAGACACUGUUGGAAAACAGUUGAAGAACGUAAACGACAGUCAUAAGAGCUUAUUGGCCACUGCUCUUCAGAUCGAAAGACGUCUGAGAGAGGGAUUGGCUAAAUUUAAGGAGUACGAAGAUACACUAGAAAGCAUUUUGAACAAUUUGGACGAAUGUGAACCUGCCAUCACGGAGUUAGAUGUGCCAGUGGAUGGAUUAGCUCACGGCCGAGAUUUGCUUGAAAAAGCCAGGGGACUUCAUAACCGUCUCCAAACGGAAAAAAGCCGUUUAUCAGCAGCAGUGGCGGCUUGCUCAGCUGCGGCAGCAUCGGUUUCACGUCCAUCCUCUCCGGCUGACAGUGCCCCACUGCCAAUCCCCCCGCGAGAGUUACACGUCAGAGCCCGACUGGAAGACCUCAUUGACCAGAAACAUGUAAGUGAAGUGGGCAGCGCCCGCGUCGAUGCUUUACUAAAGAAUGUCGAAGCACCCGAGUUCAACGAGAAAUUGGACACGUUAGAGAAUAGGGUACAAAGUCAUCUAGAAACUCUCCGAGAUGCGGUUCAAGAAAUGGAAGAGGCGAUGAAACAAGUUCUUGAGAUUCAAGAUUGGAUAAAUGUUCACAAAGCUUUAGCCAACGAUUGGCUCUCAAAUCCAUCAAAACUCCGCCCUGAAGCAGCUAAACAAGACAUGGCUGCGAUGAAUGAUGCUCUUGCAUCAUUGAUCGAGAAGAGGAAUCGAUUACUAACUGAAAUUCAAACUGAAGGCCUUGAAGAUGAAAUCAAUUUAGAAGAAGAGUUAGGUGAAUUGGAACAGACAAUUUUGAGAUCUAUUGAAAGGGAAAAGAACAACCAAGCCGUUAUUGAUGACUUCCGUCACAAAUGUCAGGAGAUCCACGAUUGGUUUGACGCUGUACUCAAGAAAAUGUGCUUGGCCGAUAAGGGCUCAGGUUUGCCGUGCCCACAAAAACUCAAUGCUUUAAAAGAACUUUCAUCACAGUUCGAUCAGGAUGGCAAAGAGAAAGUAGAGAACAUAAAGACAAUAGGAACCCAAGUUAUUAACAUUGUUAGUAAUUUGGAAUCUCAACAAGUAGAAGAACAGAUGAAAUCUGUCGAAAGAAGAUACAACGACAUUGGUAAACGUAUUCAACGUAAAUUACAAAUGCUCGAGAUAACUUACAAAGCUAUAGAUAGUACUAAGAGUGAAGUUGCUGCACAAAAUGAAUGGCUUCAAAAAGCUAUUGAUACUGUACAGCAUCCUGAACCGCUGGGCUUUGAAAGUAAGGCUGUAAAGGAACGUCAGAAAAAAAUGGCUAGUCUUCUUAAAGAGGCAGACAGUAAGAAGACAGCCAUAGACUCUCUUGAGAAAAAGGUCAGCAAUAUUCAAUCUGAAUUAGAACCGUCAGAGCAAAUGCAGUUAGAAUCGGAACUCGCUGAAUUAGCUUCUAAACAAAAGCAGCUAGCAUCUUUGAUUAAACAAGAAAUAGAACGACUGGGUGGGUGUAAUGAAAUCAGGAAAAAGUUAGAGAAUGAUUUGGAGAAAGCAAAGAAUUGGCUCAAAACGAAGCUAGCUGAAGUUAAGAAACUAGGCGGCUCCAUUCCUUUAGAAGCUGCUAAAAUUGUAAAAGAAGUAACAACUCACAAGAAGCACCAAACGGAGCUGGCUGAUUUCCAAAAUGAUACUUUAAGUGAAGUUAUCCGACAAGGCAACGCCGUAUCUAAAGACUGCUCGAAUGAAAGCAGAGCUAAACUUCAAGCGAUGUUAGAAGAUCUUAACAAAAUGUACACAACCGCCAAGGUGGACAUAGAUGAGAAGCUCGCAGCUUUAAAUAAAUUAUUGCAAAAUAGAAAUGAAUUUGAGGCUGACGUUGCGAAGAUUCAAAGCUGGUUGAAUGAAGCUGAAGUUGCGGCUACACCGGAACUGAGAACUACAAGCCUUCAAAUACUAGAGGAGCAAUUAGUUAAGUUUGAAAAACUUAGUAAAGAAGCUGACGACGUUGAAAAGAAUAUCAAUAAGAUAAAAAAUAAAUCCAAAGAUAUUAUGGAUUCUUUAUCUGACUCCAAUAAGCUACAACUUAAAGAACAAGUGAACAUCCUCUCUGAUAGAUUUGCUAGAAUUAAUGCUAUUAUUCAUGACAAAAAGAACAUUCUAUUAAAACACAUCAAGGAAUAUAAGGACGCUGCUGCUAAGAUUGCAGCAGCCCUUGAAUUCCUUAACGAGAUUCAAAACAAACUAAAAGUGUUGAACAAACCAAUAGGAAGUAAAGUGGAAGAUGUUCAACCAAUCAUUCAAGCAUAUGAAACUAUUCUAGACGACUUAAAGACAAACAAAGCUAUGCUAAAUGAGUUACAAGGAGGAAAUUUGCAUGAUUUACAGGACAUCCUUACUAAACAAGAUGAUUUGAUGAGUACAAUUGAAGACCAAAUAUCGAAACUCAAACAACUGUUAUUAUUGCGUGAGCAGUUCUUUGCACUUGUGAAGGAAAUUGAAGAAUUUAUUACUAAAUACACGGAAUUGACAUCCGAUAUAGAAAGAUCAAAUGACUCUCUAGAAGACAAGAUUAAACGAUAUGACGAUAUCAUUCUUAAAAUCCAAGGCUGUGAGGCAUUGUUAGCGACUGCAACUGAUAAAGGUCAACAAAUCGCCGCUGAAGGCACUGUAAUCGAUAGAAACAAUAUAACUGAAUUAUUGCAAUCCCUGAAGCAACAGUUGUUGACAUUGAGACGCACAGUUGAAUCUAAGAGGCAAGAACACGAAAGAGCUGCGGCAGAACACAAAAAACUUGCGGCAGACCUCUCAGAAAUAUUACAAUGGCUACACGACAAUGAAGCAGUCGUUCUUUCAAGACCACUACUAAAUAGAGACGUGGCCAGUGUCGACAAGAAACUGAUCGAACACGCUGCCUUGGCGAAGAUCGUGCAAUCUUAUUUAGAUAAAUCUACAAACAUCACAGAUGCUAUCAAAAAUGACGACGGUGUACCCGGAAGCCUACUGGAAAUGGUAUCUGAUGUCAACUCAUUGAAAGCGUCUCUUCCUUCCGAAUUGGCGAACCGUGAAAAGCAUCUUCAAGACAACAAGAAAUACAGACAGCAAUACAUACAAAUGGUCGAGAAAUUGAACAUUUGGGUAAAUGAAGCGAAUAUCCGUCUCGGGAUGGGUAAAAAUGGGACUGACUUUGAGAACAUCGAAGCUGAUUUAGAAGAGCACAAGUCCUUCUUCAAUACAUCGGAGCCAGAAAUGAAGGACUUGGUUGGCAAACGAAUGCAGGACAUAGUAGACAAAAUAUGGUCUUCUCUAACACCGUCUGAACAGGAAGAGCUAUCGAAAGAACACCAGAAGAAUACACAGCUUCUAAAGAAUACCUUGAAUUCGGCGAAGUCACGUCAAGCUCAAUUGGAGCAAGACUUGGAGAUAUGGAAGGACUUCUGCCAGCUCGUAGAGAAGAUUAGGGCAAUUCUGGAUAAGAAUGAGAUUCCUGAUGAAUAUGUGACUAGUGUGGACGCGUUGCGCCUGCACCUCGAGAAGCUGAACCACGCCAAGUCUGACUUAGAGAAUCAGCAGCCGCUCCUCGACGUAGUUCGGGAGCGUGCUCGCGAGUUGUCAAGCGGCGCAGACGCGGCAAGCGGUGAACGCGUCGAGCACCGCACGAGGGAACUCGCUGAAUGCUGGAAUAUCGCAUGCGAAGGCUUAGCCAAGCGUGCAGUUACCGCAGACACGCAACUCCACCGUUGGACCCAACUACUCGACACUCAAAGGAGUCUCUCGUCUGCCAUCACAGCUGCUAACGAUAGGCUUCGACAGUUAGACGCUAGUCCAAGUACGAGGAGACGCGCUGUGGACACAAGGCAUGCUCUGCAGGAGCUGCAGACCGAAGUAUUAAGCCUUGAAGAGAGUCGUGAUGACUUGUUGGAGCACGCGGAUUUCGUAGUAUCCCUAUUAACACCACAUUCGCAGCAGUUGGCUGAAGAAACGCGCGCUGGUGUACAAGAUCUUGCAGACGCCUAUGAGAAAUUGCGACAGACUCUUGCGGCGAGACUCGCGGAGAUAGACGAAAUCGUUUCUGAAUUCGAUCGCGUGUCCGAAAACAUUGAAAAAUUUCGCCAACAGAUCGAAGUUUACAUCGCCAAAGUCGGGACCUUCUACGUAUACGGGGAAGACGACGCGGACGGUGUCCGCGAUUUAGCAAAACAAGUUUCUGAUCUAGUUGACAAAACAAAGGGCUUCACCGAAGAUAGUAGGAAGCGAUACGGAGGCUCGGCGCCAGCUGACGUUGCGCAGGAAUUAUCUGCUUUAGAAUUAUCAGCAGAAGCAUUAGCCGCAGCCAUGGAGGAGAAGGAGAGGGAAUGGAAGAGAGCGAAGACGGCUCGCACCGAAUACGCAACAGACGUCGAAAGCGUCCAGGCGUGGGUCCGGGCGGCUGAGCUCACAGCCAAAGAGAGGACUCUACCCCCAGAAGCAUACAAAGAAAGAUUGGUAUCAACCAGAUCUGAAAUUCCUAAUAUUGCAGACCGCAUGGAAAGACUUAGCCGUAAUGCCCGUGCGGUUGUAGAAGGAAGCAGGGACGCUGCGGAACGCCAACUCAUUCAAUCCACAGUCACAGCGUUAUCUGAACAAUUCAGCGCUGUCUGUAGUGAAUUGGAAGCUCGACAGACUGCUGUCGAAGACGCUUGUGAUGCCGUGGCGAGAUUCCUGGCCUUGUUAGAGAAGGUCCUACUAUGGGUAGAAACACAACGUGCUUUCCUUGCGCGGCCACUUCCGUUGGCCGACUUGCAGGAGGCCCAGCAGAAACAGACUGAAUACGGGAACGCUCUUAAGAGUUGUAAGCAGCAAGCUAAAAAUUUGGCAGACAUGGCUAAAGAAAUCGAAGUUAUAGAACGCGUAACAAGUCCGGGAGAUUUACCUUCUAGAUUGGAGGCGGCCGAAAAUGCUACAGUCGAUGUCGAAAAGAAAUUAGCUAAGACUAAUGGACUGUUACAAGAAUUAGCAGAAGAAUGGGAAAGGUGUGAAAAGAAAUUAAAGGAUGUAGGCCACUGGGUAGAAGCUACCACGAGGACCUUAGAGGCUCCCCAAAGCACGAAGAAGCCACUUAGAGAUAGGCUUGCUCUGAGAGAGAAACUCAUUAACGACAUAUCAACACAGAAAACAAAGAUAUCUUAUGCCGUCGAGAAACUCAAUGUACACUUUGGCCCGGAAGGCGUGGCCUCGCAGAGUCAGUUCCCCGAAGGAGUUCAGAUUCUAGCACGUGACCUUUGCGAGUCUUUAGACUCCCUCGGUGCUAGAACAUCGGGCCAAGCUCAGCAGUUAGCGGCCGCACUCGCCCAAGUGGAAGCCUACUGCGCUGACAUUGUGCGCCUGCGCACUCAGCUGCUCGAUGCCGAACAGCGGCUGAGGCAUGCCGCUCAGCCCAACUACAGCCCUCGAGAUCCAGACACGAAACUCAGGCACCAACAGGAAUUCACCCGGCGUAUCGAAGAGCUGACUCGGUGCAUCUUCGAGUUGGACCCGUUCUACGUGGUGGAAGACGACCCGGCGGCCACUCUAGCGAUGCUCGUGUCUACUGCUGACCGAGCGCGCGCUAACCGCCGCCCACGCUCUCCCGAACGGCGAGAGGCCCGCAGUCCGUCCACGCCCGCCUGGCUGCUGCCCGGUACAACCUACGCCGAGAUAGUCAAGGGCCAAAACUCGCGCUCCAGUUCUAUUGACUCGAGACAGCAUAGCGCUCAGCGACUCACGCACAGAAUGCAUACUCCUGAAGCGACGGAAGUGGAAGUCAAGGAACCGGUCAUUAGAGAGAUGACGAUUGGUAGCGCGAGUCCUGAAAUACAGCAAAGUGAUAGUGUAGUGAGCAAGUCCUCACCAAAUAUGAGUGAAACAUGGGAUUACAGUGAAAUCCCCCAGUGUCGCAAUAGUGAGAGUGAAAUAUUCAGUGAAAACGUCUCCUAUGAUUCAGUUUCAAAGACACAAAAUUACACAUACGGCAGAAAUGACGAGGUGGAUGCGGGUUCCGCCAUCCAUCAAAAUCCAAUUACAUCAGUAGAAAGUCAUUCGAGUCAGAUACUUACUUUACCCCAAUUGGAACCUCCCGACAAUAGGGCUAGGUCAAUGAGUCCAGCGAAUAGAUAUAGAUCUCAAGAUCUGUCAUAUGCUGAAAUUUUAGCUCUCGGGCUCAAAAGGCAACCAAAAACGCAGGUUAUAAUGUCUUUACCUAAACCACAGGUAGCCCAAGUUGAAAUAGUAAAAGAAAUAAUCGUUGAAGUUGAGAAGGUUCCUCAACAACACGUUAUCGAUAAAAAAAUUGCGUCUAAAGGUACUACAAAAUACAGAUCUGAACGACCAGAUAGGCCAGAGCGGCCUUCACAACGAAGCCGCUCUAGAGAUAUGCCGCGUCAAAGAAGAGGACCUGAAAAACGACCGACCAAAAAUCAUGAUACACAAAUAUUAAAAAAGAAAAAGAUUACUAAAAAAGUUAUAGAAGUGGAAGAAUUUGAAGAAACACCUGAGGUUGUUUCUUCAGAACCGACAAAACCUGUUAUAAAUACACCAUUGCCAGAAGCACGAGAAGAUGAUCUUAUAUUGAAGUCCCCAUUAACAGUUACGGUAGAAACCAAAAAUGAUAAUGAUAUCGAUGAAUCGAAAUCAGAAUCUAUUGAACCUUCCCAUAAAAAACUAAAAAAGAAACAAAAAUCAAAACGAACUAAAGAUAGUGAUGAUGAGAUAGAAAAAGCUCUAAAAGAAAUUGAAAGAAAUUCAUCCAAACAAAGAAAAAAGAAACAAAAAAGUAUAAAUGAAAAACCAAAAAAAGAAAGCGACACUGCUAUAACAUGCAAUACAGAAUCUUUAGACUUGUCCGAGGAACUCGUAAAACGGGAACCCACAAGUCAAGUGAUAAGCAUAGAUUUUAUAACUGAUCCACAAGAAAUAAAACCACAAGCAGUUGAAGAUGUUUCUAUUCAUGUAUCUAUUGAUUCUGCAUGUAAGGAAACAGAUGAUUCUCUUAUUAAAGGUAAAAUUACAAAUACUGAUGAAAAAUGUAAAAAAAGAAAGAAAAGUAAAAAGAAUAAAGCUUCAUCGGAAUUAAACACUAAACAAUUGGAUGAUAAUGAACAAUCUAUUGAAAGUAACGUUGAAAGCAAAAGUCAAAUAAUUGACUUCAAAGAAAAUGUACAAGUACUGCAAGAAAACACAAUAUAUACACUGAAAGAAAAUAGUUCAUUAAAAGAAAAUUUAGUAACUCUGGAUUGGAAUGUUCUAAUGGAGGAAGAAGAAAAUGUUACAGAGUCUUCUAUUCCUCUCGAAGGAGAAAGCUAUCAAAUGAAAGAUAUAUCGGCACAAGUUGCUACCGAAGUAAAUAUUAUUCCAGAAAGCAAUGAAAUUUAUGAUUCAGAAAGUAUUUUACAAACAGACCUUUUUAUAGAACCACUUAGUCAAAAUAUUGUUGAACAAUAUGAAGAUGUACUAGACACAAACCGGGUACAAGAAGCUCAGUUCUCUGAACCAAGUACUUCCACGUUACCUAGUAUAAAUAAUGAAGCAUGUACAAUUGAUUUUAAUGUAGGUACAGAAAUAAUACAUCCACCACACAUGAUCUAUCAAUUAGAUGAAAAAGAAUCUCAACCAUCGUUACAAAGUAAAGAAGAACUUGAAAGAUAUUCAUCUAGUGACAUAAAAUAUAUUAAAACAAUCGUUGACGAAUGUACUUCUGAAAAUAUUAAGCCAAGUUUAAUAAUUCCAAGUAAAAGUGAGAAAAAUAACAACUACAAGUUUAUAGCAACUGAUCCUUUAAAAGAGAUUAAUGAUGUUUUGGAAACCGAUACUUGUAAACCACACGACGUCGAUACUCACACAAUUUAUCUAAUAACACACGAAGAAAAGAAGCUACCACCUAUCAGAACUGUCAAAGUGUUUACAAGUAAGGACGUUCCUACCGAUGAUGUAAAUGAAAAUCCCAAUAAUGAACCAUUGACUUCAAAUGUAACGGAUGAGUGUGUUGAAUCUGUAACUCGUAAUGAAGAAAUACAAUACGAGCAAACUACAUCCGAAACAAAAUCAUUUAAUAUAGUAAAUUACACUGAAACUGUAAAUGAAAACGCUGCAACAACUAUAAAUAAUGUCGCCAUCGAGAUACCUCGUCAAUUAGAAACUGAAAUUGACAAAACUGAAAUGUAUCCAUUAGAAGAAGUAAUAUUUGGAUCGGUUCAAGAUCGAAAUAAAUCCAAAGAAAAUACAGAAAUUCCCUACAAAGAGCUCAUCGACGAAGUCAAAACAUAUUCCAUAAAUUUGGACUAUGAGCAAUUAGACUAUAACUUUUAUGAGCUGAUAAAAGGCGAAAAAGAAAACGAAUUAUCUUCGACGACAAAGUUAUUACCUGUACUCGAUUUAACAUUAACAGAAUCCAAUUCUCAGGGAUCAAAUGAAAUAUCAGCGAUAUAUGAAAAGCCUAUCGAUAACUAUUACGAAAUUACAGAUUCUGAAAAACUAUUGGGCUGUAUUAAAAGUAUAGAUGAAAUGGAAAGUGUAAAAGUCGUUUCUCAUUUGGCAAAUUUAUCUAAAAGGGAUGACAUAGAAGAGAGAGAGACGUUACCUGAAUGUAAAACAAUGAUAAAAUCUUCUAAUUCGGAGGACGAAAAUUUGACAAACAAUUUAGAAAACACAAUCUUAUUAAAUAAGCUCAUAAUAAAUAUGAAAUCUGAGUUACCACGGCAACAUUAUUAUGAACUUCGUGAUGCUGAGAAAAUGUUGGGGGUCAUAAAUUAUAAUAAAAUAUUGUAUAUUGAUCUAAAUAAAGAUGACAAGAAUGAAGUCAUAAUUCAAGACACAGACAUAAAAAACAAAACGAUACAACAUAAUAUUUCUGUUGUUGAGGAUAGUGCGGACGAUGUAUGUAAAAAAUUAAAAUGUGAAUAUGAACAAGUAGCAAACAGUUAUCAAGAAAUUAAAAAGGCUGAAGAAGUUUUGGCAAUAAGUAAUUCAAGAGCAGCAAGUGAGGAACCUGCAAAUAUAAUAGAUAAUAGCCAAGGAAUUAAUAUGGUAUUACAAAAGGAUAACAUUAGUAUUGAUCCAAACAAAGAGAAACAUAAACAUUAUUCUUCACAUUUACUUGAAGUUCCGUAUUAUUCGUACACUGACAUUAGAGAUGCAGAAAUUUUACUUGCUAGUAUAACCACUAUUGUCCCCCGGGAACCACUAAAAGAAGCACUGAAAAAUGAAAGUGAUUUGGAUAUUACUUACAUUAAAACUGAAGAAAGUUCUAUAAAUGACUUAGAUGUCCAGAUAGCCCUUGAAGCAACAUUUGUGAACAAUUCCUUAAUCAUGGAAAAACCACGAUUCAACUAUCAAGAAAUUCAAAGCGCUGAAAUGAAAUAUGCCAAUAUAUGUGUCCAAAAUGCCAAAUUGUGUCAAAAUAGUGAACUUACUUUGCCUGUUUUUGAAUCUAGUUCUAUUAAUGUAAACGACCUGAAAGGCGAAGUAUACCUCGAAGUAUCUAAGGGUGAUGAUUUAGAAGAAAGCAAUGAUAAUUAUGUUAUUAAUGUUAAUUCAACUCUUACGAAGGAGCCAUUAAAUAGUGAAACUAAAAAUUCUGUGGACGAGAUUAUUACUCAUGAGUUUGACUUAAACUCUACUUUAAAUAAAAAAGAAGUAAAAGAAAAUUCAGCUGACCUUGCAACAUGUAUAAUAGAUAAUAUUAGUCCGGAGGAUGAAAUUCCCAUAUUAAAUAUUGUAUGCGAAAAAAUAGGAAAUAUCGAGCAGACAUCUGUCAUAGAGCUUAACGACGAAGUUAAUGUAGUUAACGAUGAGGAUGAUUUUGUUAUUGUUGAUAUGACCAACGAUAUCUAUGAAAAUAUCGAUCAGGUGGAAAAAAAAGCAUCCGCCGAAGUAGACAGACAGGAUAGCCAGGCGUUACAUUUAAUUGAUUAUUCUGUACCGCCUAUAAGGGAUACAAAUAAAAACGCUAAACAAAUACCUACAAAUAUAUGUUAUACAACCGACAAAGAAAAACCAGAAAAAAUCGGAGAAAUUUGCAACAUAGAUGUUUCAAAUAAAUCUGUAUGCACUGAAAAUAAAGCAUCAUCAGAUACAGAGCCUGAGUUUGAAAUAAUUACAACUCCUAUUUCUGAUAUUCAGGACCUUGAAAUUAUUGAGCCCAUUUCUAUCUCGGCAGAUGAUCACUUAAUUAUUCACACAAUACAAUCGACUGAUUCCCAUCAGCCUGAUUUUAAUGAUACGCCAGGUCUCUUUGAUACGGAGAAAGAAAGUACGGAUUUAGAUAUAAUCAAUAUUGAUAAAAACAAUUACGAAAUCGUUACUAAAGACAUAAAAGUUGACAAUCGGGUUGAAAAAUCACCCAUACAUAGCUUGCAUGAACUUUUGCCAGAGAUAGAUUCUAUUCCAGAAUUUAAACCUACAUAUCCUAACACAUUCUUUUCUAACUUAUCCGCUGACGCGCCCGAGUUUACCCCAUCUUAUAUGAUCCAAAGUCUCCCUACUGACACUGUUCUUAAUGCUUUGGAAAACCCAGAUUCUGACACUGAACUGAAGCGCAAAAAUUUGGAUUCAAAAUCGUACUCUGCUGCUGCUGCUUUCAUCACAUUGGAAAGCAAAAACUUAGAAGACACAGUCCUACAACAAAAACUUGAAUAUAUAGAGAGGGUGUCACCUGCCAUAAAUGCUGAAAAAAAUCCUGAUAGUGAUCAGUUUAAAAAUCGAGAAAUUAAAAACACGUCCAUUUCACCUCAAGCUAAUACAGACACGGAAAAUGUAUGGGUUAAAAUGUUAGAUGACAGUAAAUCUUAUGCAGAAAUUGUGGCGGAAGGACUUACAAUAAAUGAACAAAAGGCAGAAUGCCAAGAACCUAAAAUCUUUGAAGAAUCCGCUUCCACAAGUUUUGUAAGAGAAAAAACUUUACAAGAUUUAACAACCGAAAAUACAAAAGCAGAGGUUGGUAGCUCAUGGGCUAAGAUAGCAGCUACAAAAUCGCCGUUGAAUUUUAAUAAGAAUACAUUUGAACAAACAAUGCCGGUUCCAGCUGCUAUCCACAAUAAAACACCAGUUAUUUUAGUUGAUGAAUCUGAUGUAGAUCAUCAUAAAAUACCAAAGGAAAUAGAUUCUGAAGGAUUUAUCACUGUUGAAAGAAGUAGACAUUCUCGAUCAAGAUCUAGGGAAGUUCAAUCGACCUCUUCUCUAUAUAGAGGUAUAAUUAUUUCGCAGCGGGAUAAAUCGGAAAACAGAUUUGACGCUCUUUUAGACACACUGAGGUCUGAAGAAGUGGAACAAUUGCAAAAAGCUAAUUCUGAAGACGAACAAGAAAAUCAACCAAAGCUAAGAAAAAGUCGGUCCCCGAAAUCCAGAGACAAGUCAGAGAUAUUAAAAUAUGAAGACAAUUUAUACUCAACAAAGUUAAAAGAAGUCGUGCCUCAACAAGUGGAACCUAUUCAAAAUGAACCAGAUGAAACAGAAAAUAAGAAAAAGUCGAAGAAGAAGAAGAAAAACAAAAAAUCUAACAACAAAUUAACAGAUUCAUCCCAAGAAGCAAAGGCUACUGAAGAAGUCUUCCUUGAAACAUUAAGCGAAGAGAAACAAAUUAAUAAAAGUGAUCUACUAGAAUCAAAUAUAUCUACACCGGAAUCUAUACGUACCCCUGUAAAAGAUCGUGUAUAUUCCGAUGCUCAAUAUUGGAAAGUCGACGCAAGUGACUUUACUGAGUUAAGCAGUCUAUCUGAAACUAUAGCAAUAGAGUUAAGUCCAGAACACGAAUUACAAUUAAAAACUAGAGCAACAGUCCAAUCCGAAUCAUGCUUAACUGAAUCAAAUGAAAAAGUAAAUACACCCGAUCCACUUAACUCUCUGAAUUCAGACAAUAACACAAUACACGCUAACCUAUCGGAGGAGCAAUCUCUUGAAAGCAAAAUGGCAGAUCUACAAAGGGAAAUUGAGGAGAUGCUUUUGCCAGAAAAUGAUAAUUCAAUGAUCAGCGAUGUUACGCCAAAAGAAUUAGCAGAUACAAAUGAAUCUCUUGAUGAACAAGACGAAAUUACUGAAAAUAUGUCUCCUUCGCUGGCAUCACCAGAACCUGAAGAUUAUCAACAAAUUCCUGCUGACGAAGGUAUAAUGCGAGAGACAAAAAUCGCUUUUAAAGAAGCACUUCCAACUACUGUUACGACUACCGCUUUGGAAACAAAUAAGCAGAAUGAAGACAUAUUUAAGAAACAAGAAGUGGCACUUAAAAUAGAAGAACUAGCAGAACUUGAAUCCAAUAUUAAUUUAGAACAUGAGAAAAGCAGUACAAAAUCCUUAUAUUCUAAUAGUGACUCUAUUACUAACAAUAAACUACAAAAUAAUUAUAACUUAAAAACGGAUAAUUUCUGGGUAGAAAAAUCAUUUAUUGAUGAUGCGGAAAAACUCAUGCUAGCUUCACCUGUCAAUAAGCCGGAAAGUAGUCUAGUUAAAAUAGAUAUCAAACCGGAAAUUGUUAAGGUAGAAGAAAAUCUUAUCAACGACAGUUCAUUUUGGCCUGAAAAGUAUUUGUACCAUGACGCUGAGUGUCACUAUUUCCUACAGAGGGAAAUAAAAACUAAAGUCAACAAUACUAAUAUCCAUAUUGAAGCAAACGACGAGAAUGAUAAGGAUCGCGAUCCCGGUAGCGGUUCCGGUCGUUCUUCUGAUUUGGACGAGAAGGAUUCGCAUGGAUCGUGUGGGUCUCCUUCCGAUUCCAACUACAUAUCCAUGGACUUGCCCGGUGGAAUUUGUAGUUGGAAAGAUCAAACGUCAUAUCUUAGCAUUGAAACGCCCACAGAUUCCUUAUUGGAGUCAGUGAGUGAAAUAUCUCGCGUAGGUUUCGAUAUGUCAGAGGAUUCACUAACAACCCCUACCCUUGAACCAGUCGCCCUACCCGACCCCCUACAGGAGCCGUCGGCCGCAGUGGGAUCCCGGACUACCAAGGAUGAGUUGUCUUACGAUAUUGAAACAUUGCUCGAAGAGGUGAAGAUAGUUCAGGCUAAUUUAUCAGAUCUACCAAAUGAAAGUCUCGAGGCGAUGGAACGUGGACUCGAGGAGGGCAUAUCAAUUCUAGUCAAGUGUGGAGAAGCAGCCGAUAUGUUAGAGCAAAACGUUAUAAAAUACCGUCAAGAGCCCGAAGUACAGAACCUGAUGAAGGAUCUCGUUGCGAUGAAAUCUAGAAUUGCUAAGUUGUUGAUUCAAGCCCGGCAGGGAUUGGCCACCAUCCAGGUAAGAAAGGAAGCGAAAAAAGAAAUUGAAAGACAAACACAGGACAUUGAAGAACACAAAGCAAAAGUUUGUAAAUUAGAUCAUUGGCUCGAAACGAUUAAUACUGAGCUUAAAGAAUCUACACAACAAGGCGAUAUCCUUACUGAAGAUAAUAUUUUAAGAUAUAUUGAAAUAUAUGAACGUUAUAUAAGAGAAUAUGAAGAAUAUGAAAUUAUAUUGAAAUCCAUUUCGAUUUCAGUAUCUGACAAUUCUAGUCAAAUUAGGGAAAAGGUUACUUUAACUAAAAAAACAUUAGAAGAAACCAAACAUCUAGUCAUUAAUGAGAUAGAAAGGCUAAGAGAAAUAUUGUUACAAAUAAGAAGCGCACCAGAGGUGAUUGAGGAAGAUAUAUCGCAAACGGAUAGAACAAUUGAUUCGACAUCGAUGCCUGAAGAAAUUGUAUCACCUCGUGAUACUAAUGUGAUCAAAUCGGAAAGGCAACCUUAUGUAGAGGAACCUUUUAUGCAUGAAAGUAAUAUCACGCAAGUUUCAACAGAAGUAAAGGAACCAUUCGAAACUAAAGUAAAGAUAACAACUGAAACGAUAGAAACUCAAACUGGAAAGAGUUUAAUGUCCGAUGAACCCUCUGUCACUGACAAGUCUAUAUUAUGUCAACCUGAUCCAAUAUCUACACAUGAUGUGUCCAUAACGUGUGCACCACCGAAAGAAAUUGAAGUGCAGACAAGUGAACCCUCCUCGGAAGAAAAAGAAAUGUUAGAAAAUAUAGAAAUUAAGAAGACCAUCUCAGAUGGACAUGAAACAAUUGAAAUUCAAAGUAAGCCUAUUAUACGUGACUUUAUGAACGAUGAAAGAUCUCUUGUGAUAGGUGCCAACUACAAUGAUUCUGAUGUCGAUAAAAAUUCUACACUUAAUAUAACACACAGCUUGCCACAAUCAUUUGAAACUAUAAUGGUGGAACCUGACGAAACCACGACAGAAGUAGUUGUAGACGCAGAUGGCACUAAAAGAAUAAUUGUCAGGAAGGUACGAAAAACACUUGUUACUAGGCAGCAAGUAGUACACUCUCAACAGCAAAAACAACAAUUAUACUUAGAUGAGGAAAUACCACGAGAUCAAACUUUCAGUCAAAUAACUGUAGCAGGUGAUACAGGUUCUACUUCUAGUAUAUUAGAAGGUGGAGUUACUCAAAAUAUACAAUAUAAAACAUAUACUGGCGAAAUUCUUUCUAGUAUCCCUAGUGGAGAAGUUACUGUUCAAGAAUUUACAUCUAAACCUGAUAUAGUAAUUGCUUUAGAGAAAGGUAUGGGACCAGAAGAAAUCCUCCAAAUUGCGGAAGGUGAAAUAAAGCCACAUAUAGAAACGUCUUCCUCAAGUGUAACUGCUAUUGUUCAACAAGUUACCAAGAGGAUAGUUAAAACAAGGAGACGUAUAAUUAGAAAGGUAGUUAUAAUUGAUGGCAAAGAACAUAUUUCUGAAGAAGUCAUAGAAGAACCUGAAAAUGUGGAAAUUUCAGAAGAACAGAUUCCAAGAAUAUCAAUUAAUGUAAAAGAUUUUGGUUUAGAUAGGCAAUUUACGGAAGCAGACAAUAACGGGGAUGACGAUGGUAAAAAACCUGUCCAGAAGGAUGAUAUUGACGAAGAUUUUCCAAAAACGCCAGAAACGACCAAAAGGUCUGAAAGUAACGAACAAGAUAAAAAUAUCCAAAAGGAAGAUACAGAGUUAAAGAGCGUUGUUGAAGAGUUUAUAAAAAAUGAAGGCAAAGUCGACCAUAAAGAUUUACCUGGUUAUAUUCUCGUGGAUUCUAAAUCAGGUAACGCUGAAAUUCAAACUACCAUCAAAAAGGAAUCAGAGGAGCUUGACCCACAAGAAUACAUAGGACUUAAAGAUUCCACAAUAGAAUCAUCUACGACAAACGUUUCCUCGGUUAUUCAAAGGGUUACAAGAAAAAUAACAAGAACGAAAAAACGUAUUAUAAAACAUAUAAAAAUAAUCGACGGUAAGGAGCAUGUAACCGAAGAAGUUAUAGAAGAACCAGAAGAUAUUGAAAUAAUCGAAGAACCAAAAUUAAGUCAUACCUUGCAAGAGCAAAACACUCGAACAAAAUGCAUAAGAAUAAUAAAACAAGUACAAAUAAUUGAUGGCAAAGAACAUAUCACUGAACAAGUUAUAGAAGAUUCAGGUGAUGAAUAUGAACCACCCUUAACGAUUUCAACUGACGAUCGUAUUCACCCAUUAGAAACUGAUCAUUACGUUGUAACUCUACCUCCUGAAGAAAUCUAUGAUCAAAAUAAAGCUACAAGCAAUAACCUAAUAUCUGAUAUUUGUGGAACUACAGAAGAAGUUGUGCCUGAUGUAGAAAAAUCAUUUGAAACACUGCUCGCAAUCCAAGAAGGUCAAAACCAACAGAUACAACUGGAGUCAAAGUCAGAAACUAAAAAAACUGGCGUGGAAUUGACUAAAUCCUUAAUUGACAGUGAGAUUAGUGAUUCAAAAAGGAGUAACACAAUGGGAGAGGCUUUAAAAUUUUCAAGUGAGAAAGAUACUAUAUAUCACAAUCCUAGUGAAAUGACUACAGAAAGUAUAAUUAUGACAGAAUGCUUAGGUAAGAAGAAAGAAGAAAUACACGAUAUUACACGAGACGAAUCUUUAGACAAGCCUGACUUGGACACAGAUAAAUCUCAAGCGAAUAAAAAACCACUAAUUUCUGAGGAAACAAUUCUUCGAAGCGUGGAGAUAGGACGGGACGUGCAACUACUUUCAGAAAGUGAUUCAAAUAAAGAGUACGCUAAGCAGGAUCCCAAUCUCGACAUAACCAACCUAGAAGACAAUGCCAGUAUUGUCAGUGAAAAAUCAAUUUACUUUACAGGUGCACCAUCUGAUAUAAAACAAUCACCUAUUGGUAUUUCCCGUACAAUAGUUAUAAAGCGUAUCCAAAUAAUUGAUGGCAAGGAACAUGUUACCGAAGAAGUUGUCAACGAACCAGAAACGGAAGAAUUCGAAACAAUAGCAGAAAAUCAAUCGUUUACACAAGUUUUACAACAGCAAGGGUUAGAAACUAAUCGAAUAAAAAUAAUACGUCAAAUAAGAGUUAUUGAUGGUAAAGAACACAUAACUGAACAAGUUUUCGAUGAACCUGGCGGUACAUUUAUUCCAGACUCAACAAUUACUGCUGAAAUUGGUAUUUCUUUAACGAAACCAAACUCGCAAAAAGUUAGUUAUAAAACCCCAUAUACAGGUGAUUUUGUAGAAAGAUCAGUAAAAGAUACACCGAGUUCGCUUAAUGUUAUUGAUGAAUCGAAUAAAUUCAUAACUUAUGAAAAAUUUCAUUCCGAUAAAGAAAAAACCACAAAUAUUGAUAACCUUGCAACAGAAUAUUCUGUGACAAGAAAUGCACCCGAAAGUGCGAAGGAUAAGAAAGAUGAACCAUCUCAAGAUAUUGAAUCAAGUUUUAAAAAUAAGGAGGUUAAAAAACACCAUGAUGUUGAAAAAGUAAACUAUUCAGAAGAAAAUAUAACACCGAGCCAAAAUCAAACUGAAAAAAUGGAAGAUUUUGUUGUAGAAACCGCUGUUGAAAAUAACGAUAUCAAAAAUGCUUCAAAUCGACAAAUGUCUGAAGCUGAUGACUUAGAAUCUGAGAAAAACGCUGAAGGGCCUCAGUGCAUUACUGAAGACAGAGUAGAAAACAUUGAUCUGGAUUCUGCGAAUCGAACAAUGGAAACUGUGAUGACAUCUUAUCUUGAUGUUAGGGAAGAAAAUAAAGAAAAAGAUAUAAUAGAACCUUGCAUUCAUUCUACAAAAGAAGAUUUUUCAGAAGUUUCUAAAGUGACCAAUAAAGAUAAAUUAGAAUCACAAACGCAUAUCGAAGAUAAAGAUUCAACUAUGCUUGAACAGAAACUAGAACAUUUCAUCGAUUCCACAUAUAUCUGUAAUCCUCCUGUGAGUACAUCUCCAAGUGUGAUACAGGAUGUUAAUACUUUUAUAGACGCAGAACGUCAGAACUUUAGCCAAUGUUUGAACCUGGGAGGAGGUAUCGACUUUAUUGAAAAACUUACACAAACAGGAGACUUACAUGCUGUACCAAAAAAGUCUUAUGAAAAAGUAGAUAUCACAAUGAAAAUAAUCAAGUCAGACGAGCAAUCAGACUUUAAACCACAACUUGUAUUAGAUAUGUCUGUUGAGAAAUUUGAUUCUACUUCGCAACUAGUAAAAAAAGAUAUUGCUAUUAAUCUUCCAGUUGAUGUAAAAAUUACCGAAGACGUAAAAGACAAAUCCAACGUUUCAGAACUAAUUUCUGAAGCAAUACACGUAGAUUUUCUUAAACCAGAUAAAAAGAGAAAGAGAAAGCACAAGCAUAAAAAGAAUAGUGAAAGUGAUUCCGUAAGUGCUGAAUCGCCAAUCAAAACACCCCAGAAAAGUUUGGACGAAACUGACAGUUCUUCUUUAAGUCAUUACGUAGAAUUGCCAGCUUCGACGCCAAUAGAAUCACCGAAACCAACAAGAUCCGUUCUCGAACAGCCCACUCUUUCAGACUCUUUUAUUGACAGUGAAAAUGUGAAAUCAGUUGAUGAACAAGAUUAUGAGCCCGACGGUGAAUCAGGAGAACCAGCUUUAUCAGAAAAGAAAAAGAAACUGAGGAAACGUAAGUCCCGAAAAAGUAGUGAAGAAACUUUGUAUCCUAUAGAAACACCACCAGAUGAGGCGUCAAUAUUGUCUUCACAUGAAGAUAAAGUAAAAGAUAUUGUUGAGAAGACUGGAAUAAAAUCCCCAGACGUUUCAAUGGAACCUGAGAAGAUACCACAUUCCAUUUCCGCCCAAGAAAUAACCACUACCUCGCCUAAAGAAGAGUCAUAUCACACAAUGAGUGAAACAUCUGACAUAAGUACUGUAAAAAUAGUUGAAGAAUGUAUUGCAAAGAGUCCAGAUUCAAUCAAAGACGAGAUAACAACUACGAUUACCUACCCCGUAUCAGUCGUAGAGGAAAUUCCUACUCAAGAUUACUCCAUCCAAACAUCACCAGAAUUAAGCGAACCAAAAUCUGAACCAGAUAUGAGUUGCCAACCGGCAACUGUUGACUCUAUACUGCAAACCUCGCCCACCCAUCUUACAGAUGUGGUUAUUCAGACUAUGCCCAAGGAUGACAAAGAAGUUCAUACUCAAACUAAUGAUAAUGUCGAAUGUAUUGAAAAAGUAGAGGCACUUGAUAGGUCUGUUCAAACAAGUAGAACAGAAAGCCCCGAACAAAGUGUUCUAUUAGAAGCUACGACCCAAGUAUUUGCCAGCGAUUUAUCUCUGCCCGAUCACAAAUCGUCUCAAACAACACCCUCAAUCGAGACAGUACAAGUGCCUGAAAUGGUAUUAGAUUCGAAAGAAAUACAAACUUCACCCAUCCUUAAAAUAGAGUACGAUGACAAGGCCACAGAAAUAUCAAUUGAGACGAUAGACUCAACAAUACAAACUGUUUUACAAGAAAAUAUCGACCAAGAAACAAACACAACACCUGAAGAAGCGUUACAUCUUUCAGAUAUGAGUAUUCAAACUACAUCUAUACCUAUGACGAGUGCGUUUACACAAUCCGAAGAAGUUUCAAAAGACAUGGAAGUUCCCAGUGUAUGUUUAGAAGAAAAAUCUACAUCAUAUGAUAAAGUCGACAUUACAGAGUCGUCACAACAAACAUCACCAAGGAUGAUGAAGAAUUUAGAAACUACGAAGAUUGCAACAACUACUGUAGACACGAUGCAACAAACCUCGCCACGCGAACAACAAUUAAAUGGUGAUGACGUGAAAAAAGUAUGUCUAGAAAAAAAUGUAACUGCAGAAUCAGCACAACAAACAACUCCAAGAGAAGACGCUGAAAAGUGUCCUGAAAAAGAAAUCGAUAAAUCUUUAAUAACCGUAGAUAGUAUUCAACAAACAUCACCUAGAAGUUACAUAGAUGAUUCUAUUUCAACAUCCAAUGAUGAGCCUUACGAAGUGCAUUUAAGAGCACAAAUCUCAAUACCUCAAGCAACUAAUGAUUUCUUAGACAGUGAACGUCAAAUGGUUGAUUUUCCACAUACUAUUUUGGGCGAUAAGCAUAAACAGAAAAAAAGAAAAUCAAAAAGAAAAACAGAAUCACCACUAAAGUCUCCUGAAAGUUUAUCAGACCCGAUUAAUGCCGAGUUAUCGUUGUCGGUGACACCUACGAGCGAUGAAUUUUCUAGCAAAGACAGUUAUUCCAUAGAUGAAGGUAUUUACCAAUAUCCAACUACUGAUUUGCCUACAAACAAGGUAACCGUAGUGACAAACAGUAGGCCUACUUAUUCCGAUAUUGUGCAAAGAUCUAAAUCGAAAUCGCCGUCUCCUAGCAAAACUUUAGUAACACCUAAAUCUGAAAAAGCUAUAUUACUAAAUUGUCUUGAAAAACGUACUCAGACUACCUAUGACCCCCAAAGAAUGUCGGAUAAUUGUAUGACAGUGGCUUUAAUAGAACCCUCUGUAGAAAAAUCGUACGAUUUUGUUGUUAGUUCUAAGUUAAAGGAAGUUAAAAAUGCAAUUGAGAACAAAGAUCCUAACAAGGUAGAGAAAACUGUCAUAGUUGUAAUUGAAACAAUAUCUAUUUGGCUGGAAGAAAUUCAAUACAAAAUACAUGCUGCUAUUUCAUCGGGUAAAAAGGUACCUGAGGAAACUCAACGGAUUAAGGAUUUGGAACAACAUGUCCAACAUCUUAAGGAGAUUGUUUAUGUCACUGAAGUCCACGAAGAAAUUGUUACCUUAAUUGAAACUUUGACCCGUCAAAUGAACGCUGUUAGUCAUCUAAGUAACGAAAGCGUUUCAAAAGUAAGGGAUAGUGAAGACGAAUGGCGUAAAUUCUUUGAUGAAAUCGAUAAUUUAGCCCAUUCUGUCGAUAGAAUGAAAACCACAUUAGAAGAUCUGAUAACUUUGGAAGGUCCAUCAUCACAAAAACUCGAAGAACUCGAUAAAAUUGAAAAUGACAAUAGUGACAACUCUGGUCAUGUGAAAAGAUUGUUUAAGAUUUAUCGAAGUAUAGCUGAAAAUAAUUCAAAAAGGGAGUGUCCGUCUAAACUAUACUUAUGUGACGAAGACACAAGACAAAUUGAAAAUGCUAUUCAUGUAGAACGCGAUCGCCUUUUGCAAUUAACAUCAUUAGCUGAAGAAUACGAACAAACUCUUCAAGAUUUUGGACAGAUAACUGACGUGGCCGAGGCGUUACUUGACGGUAAAAUUAUCGUUUCAAACUUGGACCACCUUCACGAGGAAAUACAGAAACAUAGGAAGUUCUUUGUUAAUCUAAGCCACUGUCGGGCAAUACUAGAAUCUUUAGAGGAUAACUUGGAUAACGAGACCAGAGCUAAGUAUGCUUCAUUGCACCAUUCUCUUCACGAUAGAGCAACUGCUAUUAUAGACCGAGCCGCAGGUCGAGCUCAGCAAAUGACAAUGGCGGCUUCGAGAUGGAGUAUGUUAGACCAAGGUAUGAAGGAAGAACUGCAAUGGCUUCGGGUAGCCGAACAACGCAUUCCAGACCUUACUAAUGUUACCUCUAUGGACCACGAGCAAUACAUUAAUCUUUACCAAUCCCUUAGCCUCGACGUUUCCCAUCAUUAUGCGAAAAUUUUACGACUAUUGUCUGUAACGGAGGGUUUGCAAAAUCUCAUCGUUUGUCCGGGACUAGAGUCUACGUGUUCUAUGGCUCUUGAAACAUUAUUGAAACAUCAAGAAAACAUCGACGUUUCCUUAGUAAGACUCACAGAUUUCAAAGAAAAUUGGUUUACUUAUGACCACUUAAUAAACAGAAUAGAAAGCUGGAUUCAACUAGCUGAUAGGGAAAUGGAACAUAUAACUCCAGAAAACAUAACGACCACCGGUAACUUAAGACGAUUCUGGGAGUUAAAAGCUCAGCACGAAGUGCACAAUAAUUUGAAGACUGAAUGCGGAAUUCAAUUCGAAAAGGCAUUUGAAAUCCUACCAAUAUCAGAUGAAAUGGUUCAGCGUCAAUUUUUCUUGAAGAUCGAAGAUAAAUGGCGAGAUUUAUCAGAUAGAAUUGGCAAUCUUCACGCUUCCGCCAUUCAAAAUAUAUCCGACCGAGGUGUGACUUCUGGUGAGAAAUUGAAUUUACUCGAAGACGAGCUAAGAGAAUUACGAGGUUCAUUGGAAGGUCUCAAAGGGGUAAUUAAAAGCGAAGACGAACUGAACCUAUACAUCGAAAGGCUGCAAGUGAUGACCAGCCGCAUCGAUCGGAUACAAAACGAACUUGGAAGAUUAAGUUUACUUCCGACCGCUGAAUCAGAUCGCCUAGGCGCCCUCUUGACACAGUCUGGCAUAUUAGACGACCAAAUUGCCGAAGAACUCGAAAGAAGCAUGUUGCUGAAAGAGAAGAUUGUUCAAGUGCAGGCUGGUAUUGGGCGCGUGCAAAAGGGCCAACGUCGCGCGCGUCUGACUCUGGAAGAAUGUGAAACGGCUGAACGCUUGGGGAGUGAUGUCGUUGAGAGAGCCUCACAAAAUUGUGACCGGCUCUUGCAAGACUUGGGGGCCCAAUGGAAGGAAAUUCUGGCGUUGAGACAAGCUCUGCAUACAUUACCCAUAAGUCUACGUAUUUGCGUGUCGCCCACCAGCAUCGAGAGAGACAUUUCUGCUUUACAGGAGACCCAUGCCGAGUUGGAAGCAGCGUGCAACGAUCUCUGCGUCCGUCUAAGAGGCAAACUCCAACUUUGGAGGCGAUUCGAAAGACAGCUGGAAUCGGUCCAAGGCGCUGUAAGAGAAGCUGACUAUAUGGUUGAGCUGCUGACUGUACAAGGACAAGUCGACUAUGAUCGUCUACUUAAAGCCACCGAGAGAUUGGAGACGCUAAGCGACUCCCUCUCGCGUCGUAGUGGUGAAUUGGUGGGUGAAUUACGCGAAACAGCCGCCCCAUUGGAGGCCAGUACAGAGCCAAGCGUCGCGGCCAAGUUGCGCCGGCAAUUGGACGACGCAGCCACGGCUUAUGAGCACACUUGCGCUAAUCUAACACAGUUGUGUGACAAAUAUCACAAGGCAGUAGACCUCUGGAGCAGAUACAAAGAAGCAGCUGCUGCAGUGAGAGCUUUCGCCGAGUCCCAGGAAGGUAGGCUCCACGCGCUCAGACCUGAUGAUGCACCGGCUACCGCUAAUGCAUGUCUAGAACAAGAAGCCCGCGUGGCAGAACUGCGGUCUCUUGCAGCCAGGGUGGCCGCAGAGACAGGUUCCCGCGCGUUACAGGCUGACGCAGAUGCAUUGGCUAGACGACUACAACUCGUUGCCGGUGCUGUACAGGCCCUUGCUGACUUAGGAGAGGCCAGACAAAUCGCCAGAGCGAAGGCCCAACACGCCAAAGAGAUGUUCUGUGAUAUGAGACAAGAUCUAACUCCAGUUCACGAGGAUGGUGAAAUCGUUGAAGAUAAACUAAUCGCGCUACGAGAUAACCUAAUCGCACUCGGAAAGAGUGAGGCAGAUAUUGCUCCCGCUAAAGCAGAGUUACCGGAGAUAGACCGCGAUGUAUCUGAGGAACAUUCAAUUGUUAGGAUUUUGGAGUUAUGGCAGGCGAUGUUUAGAGAUACUUUCCUGCAUUAUCACAGGCUUUCCACUGCGUUAGUAAGAUCUGGAGACGCUGCUACAGCAUUUAAACUAUGGCACGAAUACUUAUUGGAUCUACAAUCGUUCCUCUCUAGUACAGUUCCCACCGAUUACGAAAAUCUAACUGAACAUCGUCGACUAUGCAGAGUUCACAGAAACUUGUUGGCAUCGCAAAGAUCUGUCUUAAUUAAUGAAAACAGAGAUACGAACAAUCGAGACUUGGCCGAUAAAUUUGAUACGCUCACGAACCUUCACAAUGAAACACUUGCAAGAAUUGUCGAAAGACACGAUGAAGUCAGUACAAGAAUUGCCGCCUGGGAUGACUACAGAGAAAUCUACACCGAAUUACUGAAAUGGCUUAAAGAACUCGAAAGAGAAAAAGAAAAAUUACAACUAAGAUAUGUACAUAUAAAGAGAAUAAAUAAGACGCUAACACAGGUACAAAAUCUCGCAGACAAACUUCCAGAAGGACGAAAGUUUUCUGAAAAACUUUCCAGUAACCUUAAGAAGGUUCUAGAAUUCACAGAAGACACUUACGGUGCAUCUGUGAGGAUGGAGUAUGCGGGUAUCGUAAAGAGAGUUGAUAAUUUGCAAGCUAGCUUAGACACGUGGCGGGACUUCCUCACUAGGAUAUUGGGGCUCAUUGCGGAGUACGAAACACUAACAAGUGAUUUACAAAAACUAUAUUUACGAACUCAAAAUGACAUAAUGACCUACUCCGAUGAAGAACGUCUGUCGAGACCUCAAAUAAAGAAGGCAAUUGACAAAUUUACAGACUUGAGAACGAAGAUCGACAAAACCGAAUCCCAAAUCGAAGCUUUAAGUGUAAUUCAAGAGCAAUUGAAAGAAUGCCUCAGUCCUCAGGAUAUUAGAAUAGUUAACCAGAAAGUAUGGCAACUCCGCCAACAGCGUGCUGAUUUGGAACACCAGCUAUCUAUUAUUAUUCAUAAACUGCAGGAAAGGAUAGAAAUUUACACGAUAUUUGACUCCAGGCUACUACGGUUCUCUGAAUGGUUAAAGUCUGUUGAAACAAGACUCGAAUCUACGUCCUCUAGUGAAGUUGGCGCAUUAGAUCCACAUGACCUGAUAAAGAGAAUUAAUUCAGACCUUCAAGCUGAGACUGCUAUGAAGGAACGUGAGUUCGAAUGGCUAAUUGAAACAGGCAUUACCUUAGUGGACUUGUCUAAGAAAGAUGAAAAGUCUUACAGCAAGAACACUUCCAAACAACUGAAGGAUAUUCAGGAACGAUGGCAUCACUUGCAAGAGUCGAGAAGAAGUAGAAUAGCAAAAAUCACUGAGCUCUUGGUAACCAUUUCACAACUUGAGGAGAGAUUGACAGAAAUUCGAACAAAGUUACACUCCAUUGAAUCUAAGCUUUCUACCUCAGUUAUUAUAGAAAAGUUGACAACCAAAGCAGUUGACACCCAAUUCCAAAGCCGGGAUGAAAUUCACAAAGAUAUUGAAAACGAAAGCGAAGAAGUGGGUAAUACGCUGAACCUCUGCGAACUAGUUUUUAAUGACCCCGACGUGUUAAAAGGUAACUUUGAUUUGCACAAUCUACGCACAGGAGUGGAAAUCGUUGACAAGAAAUGGAAGAACAUCUGUGAAAUGUCGGAGCAACGCAAGACCGCCCUCAAAGAAAUACGCAAAUCGGCCGAACUAGCGAACUCUUUACUGCCCAAAGUCGAAAAGAAAUUGGAUGCAAUAGAGAAACGCGUAGAAAAGGUCGAAGCUAGAAAACAACGCGGAGAGAACGAAGAUGAAAGCGUAUCGAAGGCUGUCAUCAAAGACUUGGACAGUUUAGAGAGUGAUGUCAAAAAGCUUGAGGACGCAUACGGUCGAAUAGUGUCUGCCAGAGGAAUAGAGCUUCGUGGAAAUGGCGCAGAUGAUGCGGCAAGACUACGUGCGGCCGUGAGACGUUGGCAGCAGCUGAGGCUCAGAGUGGAUGCGGCUGGAGCUGACGCCCACAGGCAGUUCGUGGCAGCUCACGGCAAGGCCGUGGUCGCCUUGGCCGAGGCCGACGUCAGACUGACGAGAGCGUUACACCUCUCGCCCACACCUACGGACAAAGAAGCGAUCCUCAAGGAAUUGGAGGGUGUAGAAAGAGAUCUCCAAGAAUGCCAGUCGUACGUCGAGGCAGGCGACAGACUCGCGGCGUCAGUGCUGAGUGUCGCGGGAGUACCAGACAUGGUGGCCGAGUAUCGGGCCCUUUACUCCGACGUGCGCAUGCGCCUCGACAUAGCGAGGGCCGAGGUCGUUGGAGAUGUCGAUACUGCAGUUCAGGUGGACACCCUCAGGUGGGAAACGGAUGCCGCUCUCCAAGUCGACACAUUAACUUCCAAAGAAACCUAUCGCGUUGAACUAGCCUCCGCCGUCAAAGAAGCCUCGGAGGCAUUAGAAGGUCUAAGAACAGCCCUGGUUCACGAGAUACCAGAAAACGCACCCAGCGAAGACUUGGCCAAUGCCGCCAAAGAGAUCGCCAAAGCUGGCACGAAACCCUCGCAAACCUUGGAGCUGGCCAAACAUCUAUCCGAACUGCUCCUCACAGAAUGCGACGCGACGGAGGAUGAAGCUAUGCUGCAGGAAGUGGAAUCUCUCGCACUCCGAUACGAAGAUCUGCUCAACCAGGCCAAGAAACGAGAACUCCAAAUCAACAACUUAAGGUUGCCGCACUCCGCGUCCUACGCUCUCACUUGCGAGCAUGAAUCGGGUCGGCUGACGUGUCCACUCUGCUCUGACCGGAACUGGAAACAGCUGGAUAACGAUUUGUGGAGACUCGAGCAGUGGCUCCAGUUCGCUGAAGCCACGCAUGAAGCGAGACAUGAACCUCCAGAACAAUAUGACGCCCUUGAAGACACCAUACAGGACCACCGCGAAUUCCUGCUAGAUCUAGACUCUCACAAGGCCCUAGUAGUGUCUCUCAACGUGGUGGGCACGCACGUGGCUCGUCACGCGCGUGACGUGUCGGCGGCCGAACGCGUCCGCGAAAGACUCGCCGAAGCGAACCGGAGAUGGGACGAAGCAUGCGCAAGAGCAGCAGACUGGCAGACCAAGCUGCAGAGGGCCCUCAUGCACAAUCGGGAGUUCCAUGAUAUCGUGGUAGAAUUGGUGAGCCAACUCGGCAACGCAGAGCGCCUGGUCCGGUCCCGGGAGCCUUUGCGUUUGAGUCGGCCUCCAGACGAGCUGAGGGUAGAGUUCCGAAGAUUCAGCGAACUUCGCGACGAACUCAGUCGAGCUGAACCCAGAGUUCUGGCUUUAAGAGAUGCAGCCCAACUCUUACACGGGAAUGAUGCACAGGAUGUGUGUAGGCGUUUGGGUGAGCUACGCCUGCGCCUCCAAUCCCUCCGCAAGCUGUCAGCCGUAUACGCUCUGAAAUUGGGCGCAGCCUUGGCCAGGGAGCCCUCCGCUACUGGAUCCGCUCUCGCCGCUGCUGCCGCCACUCUUGCGCCGCAGCUGAUGCAGGAUGAUGAAGAGCCCAGCUUCAGUUUGCCGCCUCUCACCGACAACGACGUUCCAGCGAGCGAUGAAACGGAAGAGCGCUCUCUGUCGGGCGUCCAGCGAGGCUUAAGAUUCGUAUGUCGCGUCGCACGCGCAUCUCUGCCUUUCCAGGCCCUACUCCUCCUCCUCCUAGGGGCGGCCGCUCUGGCCCCUCACACUCAAACAGACUGUCGGGCCACGCCCAGUCUCCAGCCCGUGUUGCGGUAUCCCGAUGGCCCACCCCCCAUUUAAAUAUUACUCAUUAUCUCGUAAAUUUCCUCCCUCGGGAGUCUUGUACUGAAUUCUCUGAGGCCAAAUCCAGGUCUCUCCCUCUUAAGUCUAGAUUCUGUAUAUUUCUCCCCGGUCGCCAUUUUGACAAUCGCGUGUGCGCUCAACCCUGCUUUUGCUAAAACGCGGCGUGUGAGCGCGGAGUGACAUUCCAAGUAUAGGUGCUAGUGCGCCCGCGCAUGUAUAUAAACGUUUUUGUAUAUUUGUAACGUUUGCUUAAAAGACGAGCGCGGGCGUCGACGACGCGCCGGUUCGAACGAAAUAUUUAUAUCAAAAUAUAUUUAACAUUUAUUAUUUAUAUAAUCUGUAUUUAAAGAUGGCGCCGCACAAAUGAUACGAGGCGACGGCUUAUUCACACAUUGUUACUUAAAAUAGAUUGUAAGGACUGUUUAUAAAGUCAAUAAAGCCUUGCAUUGAU